GGUUCUCGCAGUAAAGUUGCCUCGUUUGCUGGCGCGGGAGAGAAGUGUGGUGCUGUUGAAAGAGCUCAGAAAGAAGCAAAGGUAUAAUCCUCUCUCUCUCACACGAACACUUACGUAUGCACUGCCACUUGCAUUCUCUCUCUCUCUCUUUCUCUUUUUCUCUUUUUUCCCUUUCUCUCUUUCUCUUUCUUCUGCUGCUGGUUGCUUUUCCUUCUUCUCCUUCUCCUUCGGUUGUCUCCUUCCAGUUCUGAAUCAAAUUGAUUGUAAGCUCGGUGGGGCAGAGAGCUCUGUAAAAGUGGCUAUGUACAUUGGAAGGCUGAUGUAGCUGUGUUUAGAGUAGACCGUUGGGAGAGACCAGGGGGUCAAAUCCCGAACUCAGCAGCAUGAAUCUCACUGGGUGGCAUUGGGCCAGUCGCUGUCUCUCUCAGCCUAGCCCUUCAUCUCAGGGUUGUUGUGAAGGUAGCAAGGAGAGGGGGAGAACCAUGUUCGCCGCUUUAUGCUCCGUGGAGGAAAAGGUGUGAUAUAAAAAAGAAUAUCUAGAAAGCCUGACCAGUGCUGUGUAUAAAGCUUUGGAAACGCAUAAAUAUUCACUUUGCAGACUUGGAUUAACUGCCAUUUAUGAGUCUCUGUUCCUGUAAAAUCUACUUCUGCCCCAAAUAUCUCCCCAAUGUAUUUUCUUUUGGGGGGGGGGGGAGAUCCAUUCAGUUGCCGCCUCUCCUUCAGCAUGAUAUUGUCUGAUGUUUCUUUAAACAACCAUCAAACAAAAAAAUUGUUGAGCUUUUUUGCCAUAUGUCUGGAUUUUCCUGGACAUUAAUUAUUAUUUUUUUAAAAACCGAUUUCAGCCCAGACACUGCUUCUGACUGCAGUAUUCUGUAUAUGUCCAGGAAAUCCCAGAUGUAUGGCAACCAUAAAACAGACAUGUGUGGCAUGCGGGGGGCCCCAAUACACCCCUAAACAAGGAAUUUGCUUCCCCCAACAGUUGCUACCUACAUUGCUGGUUAUUAACACAUGCUGUUAGUUUACAAAUAUACUUUGCCCUGCUGUGCCCACAUGAAUUCUACCCUGCCCCCCGGUGCUGCCACUGACAACAGAUUUUCUAUCAACAAAUCCCACAAGUUAGUACUGUGCAAAGUUCAAUGCAAGGCAUGCCCUCGUUUUGUUAAUUGUGCCAAAAACAUCUGUGCUUGCCCAUUGGAGCAUAGAAUUAUGUGAUUCUAUUUCAAGCCAGACUCUGCCAAAGCUUGCUGCCCAAAUGAGCACAGAUGCACAGAAGGAGCUUCUUCUUCUGAGGCAGGAUAUGUCCACAUGAGCAUGGGCAUAGCCAGGAUUUUUGUUGGGGGGCAGGCCUUUUUUUGGCAGGGGAGAACCUCAGUUAGCUAUGCAUUUUUAUAGAUUUUUAUUGGUUGGGGUGGGCAGCUGCCCCUGCCUGCUCCCCCUUGGCUAUGCCCAUGCACAUGAGCUGUGUACACGUCACUCCACAUUCCCAGAAAUGCACUGGCUGGACUCUGGGACUAGCAGCCCCUGGCCAAUAGCAGCAGCAGCUGCUGCUGCCUUCACUUCUGAUCUGGUGUCCUCUUUCAACUCUUGCUUAAUUUUUUUGUGUAAUAGCAGCGUGGUUGACAGCCCAGCCCAGCACUUCUAGCAGCCAGAGAGAAGAGUCCGGCAGCAACCUGACUUCAGAGGUAAACAGGAUGGAGCUGACUUUCCUUUAUGUUGCAUUUGAGGGUGGUGUUUGGCAUGCAUAUGAGCUGUGCAUGAAGUGGAUGUUUUGUGUUCCAUGCAUCAACUGUGUAAAGCAUGAUAGCCUUAUUCUGCAUGAAUGGGGCUAAUCCUCUUUUAAAGCUGUUCAAGUUGGUGGCCAUCACUGCCUCCUGCAGGCAGGUCCCAUUACUCUUUGUUGCAUGAAGAAGUCCUUUAUUUUUGACCUGUUGUAAGUCAGCUUUUCUUUUUUAUGAAGGGACGCGGGUGGCUCUGUGGUCUAAACCACAGAGCCUAGGACUUGCCAAUCGGAAGGUCGGUGGUUCGAAUCCCCGCGAUGGGGUGAGCUCCCGUUGUUCGGUCCCUGCUCCUGCCAACCUAGCAGUUUGAAAGCACGUUAAAGUGCAAGUAGAUAAAUAGGUACCGCUCCAGCGGGAAGGUAAACGGCGUUUCCGUGCGCUGCUCUGGUUCGCCAGAAGUGGCUUAGUCAUGCUGGCCACAUGACCCAGAAGCUGUACGCCAGCUCCCUUGGCCAAUAAAGCGAGAUGAGCGCCGCAACCCCAGAGUCGGUCACGACUGGACCUAAUGGUCUGGGGUCCCUUUACCUAAGUCAGCUUUUUAUAUAUGUCUCAAUAAGCAAGCAUAUAUAAUGCACUAAUAUAAGACGGGGGACACUGGCUUGUGUGUAGUACAUAUGAAAAAGAUCUUGGGAUCUUAGUAGACCACAAGCUGAACAUGAGUUGACAGUGAGAUGCAGCAGCAAGAAAAGCUAAUACAUUCUAGGCUGCAUCAACAGGGAAGUCAUAGUACUGCUCUAUUCUGCCUUGGUCAGACCACACCUGGAGUACUGUGUCCACUUCUGGGCAUCACAAUUUAAGAAGGAUAUUGAGUAGCUGGAAGGUGUGCAGAUGAAGGCGACCAAGAUGAUUGAGGGUCUGGUAACCAAGCCUUAUGAGGAAUGGUUGAGGGAGUUGGGGAUGUUUAGCCUGGAAAAGAGGAGGAGAUAUGAUAGCCAUCUUCCAAUAUCCAAAGGGCUGCUAUAUGGAAGAUGGAACAAGUUUGUUUUCUACUGCUCUGGAUGGUAGAACCUGUACCAACAAUUUCAGAAAUAACUUUCUGACAGUAAGAGCUGUUAGACAGUGGAAUGAACUCCCUCGGGAAGUGGUGGAAACUCCUUCCUUGGAGGUUUUUAGACAGAGGUUGGGUGGCCUUCUGUCAUGGAUACAGUGGUACCUCAGGUUAAGUACUUAAUUCGUUCCGGAGGUCCGUACUUUACCUGAAACUGUUCUUAACCUGAAGCACCACUUUAACUAAUGGGGCCUCCUGCUGUCGCCGCGCCGCCAGAGCACAAUUUCUGUUCUCAUCCUGAAGCAAAGUUCUUAACCUGAAGCACUAUUUCUGGGUUAGCAGAGUCUGUAACCUGAAGCGUAUGUAACCUGAGGUACCACUGUAUUAUAGCUGAAAUUCCUGCAUUGCAUGGGAAUGUGUAUUUUAAGUGUUUGCCUUGUUCUAGUCUUGUCUCUUUCAAGCUGUGGUGUUUAUAUUCAUACCAGAGAGCUGUGUUGGAAAAUUACUAUUUUUCAAACAAGGUUUCAUCUUUUGGAAAGGGUGUGUGUCUGUUGCAAAUGAGAGUCUCAGGUCCCUACUGCAAAAGCAGAGAUUCAAGCCUGCUUGACAGAGGAAUUCGUUGACUGUGCAGGAUUCCAAGAAACUCACUCUGAUGGAAUCGUGGAGGAGCCCGGAGAGGGUGGGGGUGUGUACACUGGAGCUUGGAAUUAGGAGCAGUGAAAUAAAACCAGGCCAGCUCUCAUAUGCAAGUCCAAAGCUCCUAACCACUGGCUCUUGGCAACAAAGGUGGGAUAUAAAUGAAAUAAUAAUGGAUUGUCUCACAUGAAGCAGACCCAUUAAAAUUCAUGGGCCUAAGUGAGUCAUGCCAUUAAUUUCAAUUAAAGGUAGUACAAACAUUGGAUAUAACCCAGUAAUAAUAAUAGAAUUUCAAAAUGAGAGGCAGGAUAAAAGCAAAUGGAUGAUUAAUGAAAAGGGAAGCAUAGCAGAACUCUUAUCAAAACACUGGAAGCUGCUUUUUGCAGAGUCCAAACCAUUAGGGUUCACAUUGCUCAAUACAGUGGUACCUCGGGUUAAAAACCUAAUUCAUUCUGGAGGUCUGUUCUUAACCUGAAGCUCCACUUUAGCUAAUGGGGCCUCCUGCUGUCGCUGCGCCACCGCUGCACGAUUUAUGUUCUCAUCCUGAAGCAAAGUUCUUAACCCGAGGUACUAUUUCUGGGUUAGCAGAGUCUGUAACCUGAAGUGUUUGUAACUGGAAGCGUCUGUAACCCGAGGUACCACUGUACUGUCAGCAAUGUCUGGCAGAAGUUCUCCAGGGUUUCAAGCAGGGAGACUUUGAAUUCUGCUUCUGCAUGUUGAGCAGUCUGGGCAUCUCUUCCCUCUCCCUGGUUCUGUGCAGAGACAGAGCCUCCUCUGCUUCCUGCAGACUCUCUGGCUUGAAGUUCAGAUGAAGGAAAGACACACCCAAAGUCCUGACCUUCCAGCAACUAGAACCACCCUUCCACACACCCCUCCCCGCAACCCUGCUAUCCAAAAUUGAAUUGCCCCAGGGCUUGGCCAAAUGAAGACACUUAAUUAAGAGGUGUCUAUUACAAUACAAGUUAAAACAUGAAUAUGAGUUUAGUUGCCUUAUUUAUAGUUCAUUUAACAUGGAGCAGUGUUUUUGAGAAUGUGUUCUGGGGGAUUUGGGGUUUUUUCUUAAGCUUGCUGGGAUACCUCAGAGAGAAACAGAGGUGCAGCUGGGUAAUUUUAGGCACUGGACUGUAUGGUUUUACAGCACCCCAACCCUUUAAAUAACCAUGAGAAUGAUGUAACUGGAAAAGCACCCAAGUUGAAGUUUCUCUUCUUCCUCCUCUCCAUCACCUUUCCUUUACAACUUCUUCUAACACCCUCAUCACUACAGGAAUAAAGCAGUGUUCGCUUCUGCUACCCUGAGGCUAAACACAUUGACUUGGGAAUGAUAAGCACCCAUUUGUUAAAGAGAAGGAUUUUGACUCCAUAGAUUGGCGAGUUGCAUCAAUGCCUUUGCUUUCUUCUCCAGAUCGCCAUGGCCACCUUGAAGCAAGCAUUUCGAAUUGCCUCUUCCUUCCAACCGCCAUGUCCCUGGAGACACAUACGACUCUUUAGCAGCAGGACGACAGGCCAGCAGACCGAAAAGAGUGUCCCUUAUCAGAAGACCUUGAAGGAAGAGGCCCCUCAGGGCCAAGGGCCCACCAAGCCAGUCCCAGCAUCUGCUGAUGUGGUGGUGGUGGGCGGAGGCAGCUUAGGGUGCCAGACCACCUAUCAUCUUGCCAAGAUGGGGGUGACUAACGUUGUCUUACUGGAGAGGGACCGCUUGACCUCAGGGACCACCUGGCACACAGCAGGUAAAGGGAAAGGGGAAAGAAAUGCAAUUAGAUAGCUGAAGAGGCCUAUGGAGGCUCUGUCUGCUGCCUGUGCCAGAGAUUAUGGUGAUGAUUUGUAGUAUUACUGAUACGACCUGAAGGAGCGUCUCCAUCUCUGUCAUUCAGCCUGGACAUUGAAGUCCAGCACUGAAGGCCUUCUGGUAGUUCCCUCACUGUGAGAAGUGAGGUUACAGGAAACCAGGUAGAGGGCCUUCUCAGUAGUGGUGCCCACCUUGUGGAACGCCUUCUCAUCAGAUGUCAAGGAAGUAAACAACUAUCUGACUUUUAGAAGACACCUGAAGGCAAAAACCUCCCUGGAAAGGGAAGUUUUUAAUGUUUGAUGUUUUAUUACAGGGGUCAGCAAACCUUUUCAGCAGGGGGCUGGUCCACUGUCCCUCAGACCGGACUAUAUCAGGGCCUGGACUAUGUUUUGGAAAAAAAUAAUGAAUGAUUUCCUAUGCCCCACAAAUAACCCAGAGAUGCAUUUUAAAUAAAAGCACACAUUCUACACAUGUAAAAGCACGCUGAUUCCCGGAUUGUUCACGGGCCAGAUUUAGAAGGUGAUAGGGCUGGAUCUGGCCAGUUUGCCUACCCAUGUUUUAUUAUGUUUUCAUAUCCACCGGAAGCUGCUCACAGUGGCUGGGGCAACCCAGUCAGAUGGGUGGUGUACAUUCAUUCAUUCAUUCAUUCAUUCAUUCAUUCAUUUACAGUAUUUGUAGCCUGCUCUUCAAUCUUAGAGAGGGGAAUGAAGUAAUAAAAAUUAACAGAAAAACAACAAUAUUCAAAAAUUACCAAAAAAAAAGCUCCCACGGGUCCAAUAAACAACUUAAUGAAUCUAUCAUAAAGUAAAAACAAACAAUACAAAACUACAAUGUAAAAAAACAUCCAACAAAAGCUCAAUGAUUCAGCCAUAAAGUAAGAAGGCAAAAACUACAAUGCAAAAAAAUGAAAGCUUCCAAUAUUUAUUUAUUUGUUUUACCAAAUUUUAGCCCCGCUUUUUCUCCAAAGAGCUUAGGUUGGUGUUCACACGUCUCUGCACCACUCACAGCGACCCUGAUGCAAGGUGCAUCUCUGUGGGGGAGGCAGCGCUGCAGCUUAGGGUCUGCUGCAGAGAAUGCCUGAAUUUAAGAGCAUAAGUAGAACUUUGCUGGAUCAGGCCAAUGACCCAAGUAGUCCAGCAUCCUGUUUUCACAGUUGCCAACCAGAUGCUUGUGCAGGUCCUGGAAGCAACAGCACUCUGCCCACCUGCAGUUCUUAGCAACUAGUAUUUGGAGGCGUACCACCUCUGUCAGUGGAGGCAGAACAUAGACUUCAUGGCUAGUAGCCAUUGGUAGCUGCCUCCUCCUCCAUUAAUUUGUCGAAUCCAGUUUUCAAGCCAUCCAAGUUGAUGGCCAUUUCUGCCUCCUGCAGGAGGGAUGGCAGCGGCAGUUGUUCUUUUCUAACGAAUUUCAUCCCUGUGCUCAUAGAGGAUGCUCCCUUCUCCUGGCAGAGACAAGAGAUCCUAAUCGCUGAUAGUUUAUGCAUGCCUUAAAUGUGGCACAGUGUCCAAUUUCCCCUGCUCAUUGAAGAACAGGGAUGCCAGAAAAUUCUGAUGGAAACAGUAAUGGGAAAAUGGUCAGUGUUGCCUUACUUGCCCCAUGUCUGGAACAGAAACAGAUCCAGCAAAUAUAAAUCGGUAUUCACUAUUGUCGUCUUCGGUUUGCAAACCAAACCAUUGUGGAAUGGAAACAGUGCUUUGUGUGCCGAACCUGGGCCACAAUGGAAACUGACACCACCUUACAUCCAUAUUGAAUAAUAGUUUACCUCCUUCCCUUCCUGUCUCGCUUAGGCCUGCUGUGGCAAUUGCGCCCCAGUGAUGUGGAGGUUGAACUGUUGGCUCAUACUCGUACCGUCGUUAGCCAAGACCUAGAGCAGGAGACAGGCCUCCACACAGGAUGGAUUCAAAAUGGUGGCCUCUUCAUUGCCUCUAACAAGCAAAGAUUGGACGAAUACAAAAGGCUCAUGUCUGUAAGUAGAAAAUGUCCUAGCUGGUUCCUCUCCUCUGUCAAGGAGAAUAAGGAGGGCCUGAGGAGCUAAUUCUGUCCCAUUUCAGGUCCUGCUUGCAGGUUUCCUAUUGGGGCAUUUAGUUGGCUGCUGUGAGGACAGAACUAGAUAGAUCUCUGCUUGAUCCACUAGUCAGUCUCUUGGAUGUUGUUUUGUGAGACACUUGUCCUCUUGAUAUGCUUUCUAGCUAGGUAAAGUUUAUGGUAUUGAAUCGUAUGUCCUAUCGCCUGGGGAAACAAAAGACUUGUAUCCCUUGAUGAAUGUGGAUGACCUCUAUGGCACACUCUACGUCCCCAAGGAUGGCACGAUGGAUCCUGCUGGGACCUGUAUGACCCUCGCCCGGGCAGCCACCGCCCGAGGAGCUCUGGUGAGUCACAAGGGCCAUAAAGCUCACUGGGUGACCUUGGGCCAGUAAUUGUCUCUUAUCCUAACCUACCUCACAGGGUUGUUGUGAGGAUAAAAUGGAGAGGGGGAGAACUGUGUAUGCCUCCUUGAAGAAGGGUGGGGUUUAAGUGCAGGAAAGAAAAACAUGCAGCUUCUUUGUCACUUUGCUUUGUCUAGGUGAUUGAGAAUUGCCCUGUGAUAGGCAUUGAAUUAAGGGAGGAUGAUAUGGGAGCCCGGCGGGUAGCAGCUGUAGUGACAGACCAUGGAACCAUCCAGACUCCCUGCGUGGUGAACUGCAUGGGUAAGAAAAAGGUCUCCUCCCUCCAGAUUCUAGAACCACGAUCCAUUGGGGUUCCUUCUAUCUUGGUCCAUUUCAAUUAGCAUUGUCUACGUUGACUGGAGCAGCUCUCCAGGGUUUCAUACAGUGGAUCUCUCCCAGCCCUACCUGGAGAUGCCACUAGGGACGGAAUCGGAGACCUUCUGUAUGCAAGGCAGAUGCUCUGCCAGUGUGCUGCCUUAUCCUGAGUCAGACCAUUAGUCCUUCUAGCUCUACACUGCCUGGUAGCUGCUCUCCAGGGUUUCAGAUGGAGACUUUCCCAGUACUAACUGAGUCUUCUUCAUGCAAAGAGCUAUGGCCUUAUGUCAAGCAAACCAGAAGCUGAUGUGAGCUCAGUGCAUCAACGAGUCCUUCCCACCCCGAAGGCAUCCCUGAUUGCUGUGGUCAUCCAAUGGUAGAUCUUCCUUCUCCCAACAGGUGUGUGGGCCCAAUCCUUGGGGAAGAUGGCCGGUGUUAAUGUGCCACUAGUGGCAAUGCACCAUGCGUAUGUCGUCACAGAGAGGAUAGAAGGGAUCCAGGUUAGUGGAUUGCAGAUACUAGUUUUUAAUCCAGUGCUUUCUAAUUUUCUUAGUUUCUCUCUCUUGUGUGUACCACAGCAUAACCCUUUGUUGAAGACUGCUCAUGGUUUAUAUUGAUUGAAGAGUGUGAUAUAAAUAUUGGGUUUUAUCCAAACAGUCAUAUACAGAGUAGAACCACUGAAAUUAUUAGACAUUAUUGUGGAUUACUGACUAGCAAAAUGCUAGGGGAGAUUAGGUGAUUUUUGUUUUAACCCAACCUAAAACUGUAACAGCUACCCCUGCAAGAAAACCACUGCAUCUAUUCUUCUGAAAUUUGGUGGGAUCUGUGCCUCUGGAACGGACAAUCUUACCUGCAAAUUUCAUCCAAUUUUGCUGAAUUUUUUCUUUAAUGUUCGUGGGUGUGGUGUGGUGGUGUGUGAGCAUAAUCUGCAAUUUGAUGGGGCUACACCAAGCUUGCAAAUUUUGUCCUGUGAUAAGGAGAAUAGCUGCAGUUUCCCACCCCCCACAAUCCACCUCCCUCCAAUAAUGAAUAGUGGGGAAAUGAAACAGGCUCAGACAGACCCUAAGCUGAACUGAUCAGCCAAUGAAGCACCUUCUACGAAGUUGGGCUACUUUACAAAGCCCCAAAUCAGGGUCCACACUAAAUUUUGUGAUGGGUGCCUGCCUGUAAUUUUUAGGCAGUCUCGAGAUGGUUUAUUCCUCAUCUUUCCACUAGAUGUCCUUCUAAGACCCUCUAACGCAGCCCAGGAGAGGCUAGUGCUUUGCAUCAGUGAUUGCUGUGGAAGACGUCUCAGAUCCUUUAGUGGCGGGUUGGGGUGUGUGUGUCCUUUUCUUCUUCACCAAAUCGCUUUACAGUGUAGCUGAUGUAGGACCCUAUGCUCCUCACUUUACUCUCGCCCCUCCAGGGGCCUCUUGGUGAGCCUAAUCAGAUGAGUGUCUUACUUUGGUUGCUACCACUAUCACGACCACCAAUUACUACCACUAAUUUUGUAUCUUGCCUUUCGUCCCAAAGAAGCCCAGGGCAGCAAAUGCAUCAGUAACUAUAUCAUUAAAAUGCUUUUGCAAAAACAGUUCAAAGCAAUAACACUAUCUAAACUAGUGAUUUCAGCAUUUAAGCUGCAGAGAUAGUGCAGGAUACUAUGCACCCUGGAAAUGAUCUCUUUCAGCUUCUGCCUUCUGGAAGAAGGUACAGGGUUAUAAAGACUAGGACUAGCCGCCUGAGAAACAGUUUCUAUCCAAAUGCGAUUUUGGUUUUAAACGCAGUGUAAGGUAGUCUCUAUGGGACACGGGUGGCGCUGUGGGUUAAACCACAGAGCCUAGGACUUGCCGAUCAGAAGGCUGGUGGGUCGAAUCCCCGUGACGGGGUGAGCUCCCGUUGCUCGGUCCCAGCUCCUGCCAACCUAGCAGUUUGAAAGCAUGUCAAAGUGCAAGUAGAUAAAUAGGUACUGCUCCGGUGGGAAGGUAAACGGCGUUUCCGUGCGCUGCUCUGGUUCGCCAGAAGCGGCUUAGUCAUGCUGGCCACAUGACCUGGAAGCUGUAUGCCAGCUCCCUCGGCCAAUAAAGCGAGAUGAGCGCCGCAACCCCAGAGUUGGUCACGACUGGACCUAAUGGUCAGGGGUCCCUUUACCUUUUAAGGGAGUCUCUAUGUGAGCAUAUUGUAUUUAAUUAUGGGGUAUAAGAGUUUUUAGGGGGCUAACCAGGCUGGGAUAGCUGGGAUAGCAGGCUUGUUGGUUUCUUGAUGUAGACUUUUUCAAUUUUGUUGUUGUUCUGUAUGGGACAAUGACAAUAAAGAUUAUCGUAUCAUAUCGUAUUUGCGGGGGGCACAUGGUCUCAUCAGGCUGCCCCACAUAUCUGCCUGGCAGCCUUGUUCUGCAUUAGCUGUACACUCCAGAUUGCCUUUAAGGGCAGCCCCACAUACAAUGCACUCUGGUAGUAUGGAUGGGAGGUCACCAGAGCACCAGGCAAGGCUGCUCAGUUGCUCCAGCUUUACCAUGGGGUCUACACCUACCCUAAAACAUCCCCAUGAAUCAAGAGCUUCUGAAGGGAGACUCUGGGAUGUCAAAGGGGAGAGAUUGGUCAGGGGACAGAGCACAUGGGAAGUCUGGCAGGAUGACAAUGCAAGCCCACUGAGUCUAGCAUCCUGUUCUUGUCAUGGCCAAGUAUCCUCACUACAAAACUAAUGAUAUACAUACAGUGCUUCUUUUGAAAUCAGACAGCACCUAUGAUUCUGAUAUUUCAUCACCCGUUGAAAGCAUUCCCCCCAAAGUGAUUUUAGGUAAUUAAUUUAAUUCAUUGAUGGCUGUUUGGUCUGCAUUUUAUGAUUUUAUAAUUUUACAAAGUUGUGAUUUUGCUGUACAUCGCCAUAAUGUAUAUUGUCAUUUAUAAACAAUCUAUAACUAAAUAACUCUAGGAGCAGAAAAAAAAAACAUACAUUCUGCUAACAGAGCUCUUAAAAUCACAGUAGGCCUUUAAACGAUUGUAAAGCACCCAGGAAAAUAAUAAUAAAAAAGGUUGGGCACCAGGUGACUAAGGUACACAGUUAAAAACAAACAAACAAGCAAACGAACACUGUGUGUGUAUAUAUAUGUGAACAUGCUGUGUCUUCCCCCAGAUUUGUUAGUUUUUCCUCUUUGGGUAUUUUUAGAACAUGCCAAAUGUUCGAGAUCAUGACACCUCCGUGUAUCUGCGUCUCCAAGGCGAUGCCCUUUCUGUGGGCGGAUAUGAGUCAAAUCCCAUCUUCUGGGAGGAGGUGAGUGGUGUUCAUAAGGAAUUUAAAAAAGCACAGCACUGCAUGAGGCUGGGAAGAUGUGUGUGUGUUGAACAAGGUGCUUAAAACACUACAUUUUAAAAGCCCAGACGACUUUGAAAUCAGAUAUGUUUCUGGAGGAUUUUGAAGGCACCACCUUGGUCCACCUUGAAGAGGUGUUGUUAAAAUUCCAGGGCUUGCACAAAGAAUCUGCUGGCAUGUGAACCAGUCCCUGCUUAAGAAAGCUGUUUGUGAACUUUUGCACAGAUAUUGGAGCCCCUCCUUGAGGUGGAGAAAGGGAUUGCAGCACUGUCACCUGUGAUGGGCAGGCAGUGUGGACAGGUCAGGCUUGGUAUGGAUAAGAACAUAAGAAGAGCCUUCUGUAUCAGGCGAGUGGCCCACCUAGUCCAGCAUCCUGUUCGAAUGACCAAGUGGGAAACCCACAAGCAGGUUCUGAGCACAAGAGCCCUCUUCCCCUCCAGUGGUUUCCAGCAACAGGUAUUCAGAAGUGUUUUUGCCUCUGUUCAUGGAGGAAGAGCAUAGCAAUCAUGGCUAGUAGCCCUCAAUAGCUCCCUCCUUCCUGAAAUGAAGGACAUGGGCUUCUGUCUUGACCAAAGCAGGACAGCACUGGACUGGCAAUCACAGCUGUCCACUGCUGAAUCCCCAUCUUUGAAAACUUCUUGAGGGGGCAGAACAUUUGGAAAUGAGCAUGCUGGCUCUUUCAGGUGCUGGACAAGUUUGCUUUUGGCCUCUUCGAUCUGGAUUGGGAUGUGUUUACACAGCACAUUGAAGGCGCCAUCAACCGAGUUCCAGUGCUGGAGAAAACCGGAAUCAAAUCCACAGUCUGUGGCCCUGGUAAGGAUAUUCCAGGCCCAUAAAAGCAUGGCACAGGUUUUAGAGGCAGUCUGCAACCCUAAAACCAUUUACCUGAGAAAAAGACCCUUGAAUUUAACAGCACUUUAUUCUCAUUAGUUGUAGUCAGGAGUUGACUGCUAGUUUUGGAUAGAAGCAAAAGACCUUCAUUGCUCAACCCUCAUCUCAUUUUAAUCAGUGGUAUAUCCAGGUCAGACCCAUUUGGUCCACCUAGCUCAAUAUUGUUGACACUGACUGGCAGUGUCUUUCCAGGGUUUCAGGAAGGGAAUUUCUCCCAGCCCUACCAGGAGAUGGCAGGGAAUGAACCUGGGGCCUUCUUGCAAGCAGGAUUCUAGUCCUUUUGGUUUCUGAAUAAAGGGCUGUAUUAAAUAGGAGUGCAGAGAGGUGCCUUGUACUGAGUCAAACCAUUAGUCUGCCUUGCUCAGUGUUGUCAACACUGACUGGCAGCUGGUCUCUCUGUGGUACCUGCCCAGGCUAUCCCAGCCCCACCGGGAAAUACAGCAGAGGUUUGAACCUAGUACCUUCUACAUGCAAAGCAGAUGCUCUACCAGUGAGCCACGACCUUUCAGAGGCAAAAGGCAAGCUGACAUUCAUUGAAAUCCCGUAUACAAAAGCUGCCCACGCUGGCAGUUGAAUCUUAUCUUAGCAUCCUCUGCUGCAGCUGAGACUAAUUUAGGAGGUACAGGACAGGCUGCAUGAAGCACAUAUGCCCAGCUCUGCCAUCUCGCCAACAGGGACUUAAGAUGAGACACUUCAUUCUGUUCUGCAUGGUAUUCAUCGCCUGCAGAUCCAUUUCCACUUCACUGCAGUUUUACCUCCCACUAAAACCAGCAUUAUUUAUGCUGCUGUCUCCUGCAGACAAAAUGAUGUAACUAUCAUAAUAACUUAUGUCUGGUGUCAUUAUUUUAUUCCAACACCUUCAUUUCAGCGAAAAAGGAAACACUAUACAAAUGAGAGGAAGGGGGAAAGUGCAUUUUAUUUGAUAUGAAUAAAUAAAUAAGUUUUAUUUAUUACAUUUCUAUGCCUCCUUUUCCUUCAAGGAGCUCAGGGUAGUUUACAUGGUGUGUCCCCCCCCCCCCAUUUUAUCCUCACAACAAUCCUGUAAGGGUAGGUUAGGUUGAGUGUGAGCUUCAUGACUAAGUGGGGAUUCAAACCCUAGGUCUCCCAGGUUAUAAUCCAACACUCUAACCAUUGCACCAUAUCAUUGGCUGGCUGAAAGCAGCAGCAGCAGCAGUUAAUACCAACCCCAUUUGCUGGACUGAUUUCUGUUCCAGACAUGGGAUGAAUAAGCAAUUUAUGCUCCAGUUUCCAUUUUUGUUGGAAUUUUAUGACAUCCCUCCCUGCCACCUUUCCACCUGGGGCAUCUUCCUCCCUCAGUCUCGUGGAGAGGCUGGCCCAGGGAGUGAGAAAAGAAGUUAAAGCUUCCUACUAGGGAAUAGGACUGGAAGGGUUUAAAUGACUGUUGUCCUGGGCUAGGAGUUAGGUAAAAGAAAAAACUGAUUUCAAAACUCAGAGGGUGGUGACAAAAGGGGGAGAGAGGUUCUCAGAGUAGAAGAAUGUCACGAUUGCUAGUCCUAAAGGUGGCACCAGAGUUCUGUUUUCUUGGCAGCCAAAUUAGCUAGAGAAAGUGGAGAUAGUUGCCAGGCUACAUUAGUCAGGCGGCAUUUGCCUGGAACUCUUAUUUAUAUACAGUUUGCUAUCCAUUUUCAUAAACCAAACCAAACAGGAUCUUGAACCAAAGAGUUUACAGUCUAAUGGGGAGAAGGAAGGCUUCUAUCACACCAACACUAUCCGUCUAAUGCACUGUGACAUGGCAUUAAGCAAUCAAGACUUCUGUAGUUUGUUAAUAAUAGUAAUAAUAAUUUAUUAUUUGUACCCAGCCACUCUGGGUGGCUUCUAACAAGGAUUAAAAAUACAUCAAAUGUCACACAUUAAAAACUCCCCUGAACAGGGCUGCCUUCAGAUGUCUUCUAAAUGUCAGGUAGUUGUUUAUCUCUUUGACAUCUGGUGGGAGGGCGUUCCACAGGGCGGGGGCCACUACCGAGAAGGCCCUCUGCCUGGUUCCCUGCAGCUUUGCUUCUUGCAGUGAGGGAACCACCAGAAAGCCCUCAGCGCUGGACUUUAGCGUCCAGGCAGAACAAUGGGGGUGGAGACGCUCCUUCAGGUAUACUGGACCGAGGCCAUUUAGGGCUUUAAAGGUCAACACCAACACUUUGAAUUGUGCUUAGAGUUGCUAGGAGACUCCUAUUAUCUUCAAAGAGCUAAAAUUCUCAGAAUAACUUAACAACCCCUCUUCACAGGAAACUCUGGGAACUAUUGCUCUGUGAGGGGAGUUGGGGCUCCCCAAGCGCCUUUAAUGAAUGGCAGUUCCCAGAAUUCUUCUGGGGAAGCCACGGCCAUUUAAAGUAGUACUGUAGUGCUUUACAUGUAUGCUGUGAAUAUGGCCAUAAUUGUUCAGUAGUGGUAGGGUGUAAGAUUCCUAGCAAAUUUCAAAAGCCUGCUCUUGGAUCUUACAACCAUCAAAGCUGGUUGCCACCAUUGCUCUGGUGGGACUGAGUUCCAUGGUUUAACUAUGUGGUGCAUGAAAAUGUUGUUGUUGCUGCUGCUGCUGCUGCUGCUGCUGCUGCUGCUGCUCUUUCUUUCUCUAGUCUGCAAACAAUGUAUAAAUUUCAAUUUAAAAAAAUUGUUUUGCCAUUUGAUUUCCACUGAAAUUUACAUAAAUGUUUAUGUAGGGUAUAUAAAUACCUAUGUAAGCUGCGUAACACUUGUUAAAUUGCAGACAGAGGGACAGAUAAUGGAGCAUUUGGCAGUUACUGAGCUGCAGGGGAAUGGAAACAGUGCUGAUUGUGACAGGUAACUGAUCAGAACAGCAAUCGCUACCUUUGUAGCAUCCAUAGCUGGGGUGCCCUGGGGAGAAGAAACAAUUGCAAAACAUAUAACCUGCUGGGUGUUAACUGUACCCAUGAUCUCUCUCAAAAAACAUGCCACAUGCCAGAGAGAGUGAUAGAUUGUUGACCUGGAUAGCAAUAUGGAGACAUAACCCUGAUACCCUUGUGUCGGUGGUAGCCAGUAUUGUGCUCUUCAGAUGUUGCUGGACUCCCAACUUCCAGCAGUCCCAGCAGCCAGCAUGACCAAUGGUAAGGGAUCAUGAGGGUUAUAGUCCAGCAAUGUCUAGAGGAUGCUGCAUUUGCUAUGCACUGUGCCCCAUUCUUGAAUUUUAGAUACCCUACUGCUGAUUUUCUUCCCUAUUUUCAUCAUGCUAUAAUGAUAACCUGCAUUUUAUUGGAAAAUGUCUUCUGUUAUGUAUUGCUUAUUAUAAUAAUUAUAUUUAUACAAUGGUUUUGAUUUUUGUAUUGGACAGAUAUUAUAUGUUCUGCUUUUUAAACCCACCAUGGCACCUUCUUUAUUCAUGGAAAUUCCAUGCUUCGUGGAAAGCAUGGCCUCCAUGGGACUGUCCCUGAAUAAGUCUGGCCCAACUCAUAACCGUGGACAUGCCUUGGACCUGAUGUUCACCUCUAUGGAUGUUGGUGAUCUGACACUAAGUAAAAGCGAAACUAAAGAAGUGCCAUGGUCAGAUCACUUCCUGGUGCAACUGGACUUCUCCGUGACCCUUCCCCUCUGCAGGGAGGAUGGUCCGCCACCUCCACUUAAUGGAUCCAAAUGGUUUCCAGAGAGUGGUAGGGGAUGCUUUAUCCUAUGUUGAUGGCCUUUCAGCUGAUUCCCUGGUGGCCCGCUGGAAUGUGGAGUUAACCAGGGCUAUUGACUGUUUGGCUCCCUCUCCAAUUGGUGCCCUCUCCGUUGCAUGGAGCCCGGACAGCCCUGUGGUUUUCCAUGGAUCUGAGGGCAAUGAAACAAUCACUGAGACGGCUAGAGCACCAGUGGCGGAUAACUCAUUCUGAAGCUGACUGGACACGGGUUAGAGCUCAAUGUCGAGCCUACCAAGUGGCAAUGGCGACGGCGAAGACUUUCUUCACCGCUUCUAUUGCAUCUUCAGAAAACAGCAGCAGGAGACUCUUUCAGGUGGUUCACAAUUUAGCGGAACCACCUGCUCCAUCAGGGCCCAGUACGGGCCACAUGAUCUCCUGCAAUGAUUUUGCAAAGUUUUUUUGCAGAUAAAGUCGCUCAGAUUCGAGAAGAGGUAGACUCCACCGUGGGAGCAGGGCCGGGGUGGGAGUCCUGUCUAGUCAAGUUGUGUGGGAUCAAUUCCAAUCUGUUACCCCCGAGGAUGUGGACAGUCUGCUUGGAUGAGUGAAACCAACCACCUAUCUCCUUGAUCCUUGCCUAUCCUGGCUUAUAAAAGCUAGCCGGGAAGGGCUGGGCGAUGGGCUUUGCGGGGUGGUGAAUGCUUCUCUCUGUGAGGGAGCCUUCCCAGACCCGCUGAAAGAGGCGGUUAUCGAACCACUUCUUAAAAAACCAUCUUUAGAUGCGGCCAAUAUGGCCAACUAUUGCCCAGUCUCAAAUCUUCAAUUCUUGGGCAAGGUGAUUGAGCAAGUGGUUGCUGAACAACUCCAGGCACGCCUGGAAGAAGUGGACCAUUUUGAUCCCUUCCAGUCGGAAUUCAGGCCUCAUCAUUGGACUGAAACUGCCUUGGUCACACUGGUCGAUGAUCUCCGGCGGGCUAGGGACAAAGGUGAGAGCUGUUUCCUAAUUCUGCUGGAUCUCUUAACAGCUUUUGACACCAUUGACCAUAACAUCCUUCUGGACUGUCUAGAGGGACUGGGAGCUGGGGGCACUGUUAUACAGUGGUUCCGCUCCUUCCUCCUGGGCUGUGUUCAGAAAGUGGUGUUGGGGGAUGAGUGUUCAGACCCCUGGGCUCUCACUUGAGGGUGCCUCAGGGUUCUGUCCUCUCCCCCAUGCUUUUCAACAUCUACAUGCAGCCACUGGGAGAGAUCAUCAGGGGGUUUGGGCUGGGUGUUCAUCAGUAUGCAGAUGAUACCCAGCUCUACCUCUCUUUCAGAUCAGAACCAGAAAAGGCGGUGAAGGUCCUGUGUGAGUGUCUGGAGGCGGUUGGAGGAUGGGUGGCACCUAACAGAUUGAGGUUGAAUCCUGACAAGACAGAAGUACUGUUUUUGGGGGACAGGAGGCAGGCAGGUGUGGAGGACUCCCUGGUCCUGAAUGGGGUAACUGUGCCCCAUUCAGGACCAGGUGAGCAGCCUGGGAGUCAUUUUCGAAUCACAGCUGUCCAUGGAGGCGCAGGUCAAUUCUGUGUCUAGGGCAGCUGUUUAUCAGCUCCAUCUGGUACGCAGGCUGAGACCCUACCUGCCCGCAGACUGUUUUGCCAGAGUGGUGCAUGCUCUAUCUAGUUAUCUCCCGCUUGGACUACUGCAAUGCACUCUAUGUGGGGCUACCUUUGAAGGUGACCCGGAAACUACAACUAACCCUGAAUGUGGCAGCUAGACUGGUGACUGGGGGCGGCCACCGAGACCACAUAACACUGGUCUUGAAAGACCUACACUGGCUCCCAGUACGUUUCUGAGCACAAUUCAAAGUGUUGGUGCCGACCUUUAAAGCCGUAAACGGCCUCAGUCUAGUAUACCUGAAGGAGCGUCUCCACCCCCAUCCAGCCUGGACACUGAGGUCCAGCGCCAAGGGCCUUCUGGCAGUUCCCUCCCUGUGAGAAGCCAAGUUACAGGGAACCAGGCAGAGGGCCUUCUCGGUAGUGGCACCCGCUCUGUAGAAUGCCCUCCCAACAGAUGUCAAAGAGAAAAACAACUACCAGACUAUUAGAAGACAUCUGAAGGCAGCCCUGUUUAGGGAAGCUUUUAAUGUUUAAUAAGUUAUUGUAUUUUAGUGUUUUGUUGGAAGCCGCCCAGAGUGGCUGGGGAAACCCAGCCAGAUGAGCGGGGUAUAAAUAAUAAUAAUAAUAAUAAUAAUAAUAAUAAUAAUAAUAAUAUCCCACCAUUUGCUCCCCAAGGAACUCAAAGAGGUGCACAUGUUUCUCAUCCUCAUUUAAUCCCCACAAUGACCCUGUGAGGUAGGUCAGGCUGAGAGGCAGCAACUGGCUCCCAAGGUCAUAGCCAGUGAGCCUCAUGGCCGAGUGGGGGACUUGAACCCGUGGUCUCUGACUGGUCCUAGUCCAACACUCUAACCACUGUGCCACACUGACUCUAUUGAUGAAGGGUGGUAUAUAAUUAUGAUUGAUGAUGACAAUGAUGAUGAUGAUUAUAUUUAGGUGCAUUAAGCAGUUUGUGGGAAGAGAAAGGGAGCUUGGCUGAACUCUUCGGGGAUUGAACUGCAGUAUUUCAGGGCACUGUUAUGAUACAUAUUUAAUUUCAUAAAAAUUAUGUAUGACUUGUUUGUUAAAAAUCAAACAUCAAAGCAGUUUACACAAGGAGUAAAUUGAUGAAAGCAGUUAAAAACACCCCUAUGAAACGCAGAAAAAAAUUUAAAAUCAGCAAUGAGCUAAAAACAGAUUAAACCACAUGCCAACAUUUUACAUAUCUGAGUAGGCUUGCCUGAGCAAAAUAUGUUUUUAGCAGGUGCCGAAAAAAGUGCAUUGAAGGUCAACAAGCAGGGAGUUCCAUGGUGUGGUUGCUUUCACAUAACACCCUCCCCCCAAAAAAGAAACAUGUGCAAAAGAAUGUGUAGAAAUUCCCCCUUGACUGACUCUUCCACCCCCACCCUCACAAACUGAACAAAACAGAACAGGCGAACGACACAUCAGGGCCCUUUAUUUAAUUUGAAAUAUUUAUCCCUUUCGAUCUGUCUCUCCACCUACCACCCCAUACCUUGUUGACACUGAUGAAACUUUGACAGCAGAAAUCGGUUCAGCUUUUUACUAAUAUAUAAAAUACCUCUCUUUCCCCUGAUGAUAAUAAUAAAAAAAUAAAUAUCAGCUACAGGGAGAAUACACGAUGGUAAUUUAUUGGAAUGCGUGGGCUGGAAGUGAGAGAAAGAUGACUGUUAUAUAUUUAUAUAUAUAAAGUAAUCAUUUUGAAGCCAGGAAUAACCCCUUAAGUAUUUUCAGCUCAAUUAGGGUAGUUUUGAGAGAACUGUUCUUAAGGAGGAUGCUUCUUCUUCAGUGCUCUGAUUCACCUUCCACAAUUUUGGAAAUAAUUGGAGUGCAUGAAAGGAUGACUAAGAACAGGGAAGGCCAAUGGCAAUUUUGCUGGCAGAGGGCAAAAAGCCAAUGACUCCUCUUCCCUGGGUUCUUCUUAAACCUUCUUGAAAUGAGUGCUGACCCAGAUGCCAGUCAUAUUAUUUCAGGGCCAACCUAGGACACUGGUGAACCUCAGGACAGUGGGAAUAUUUGCCCCCAAAGCCUUUCAUAGAAUCUUGGAAUUGUAGGGUUAGGAGGGACCCCAAGGAUCAUGCAGUCCAGCUUCCUGCACCACAAGAACCACAGCUCAAGAAUCGCUGACCGGUUGCCACCCACCCUUUGCUUAAAUGUAAAGGGACCCCUGACCAUUUGGUCCAGUCGUGACCGACUCUGGGGUUGCGGCACUCAUCUCGCUUUAUUGGCCGAGGGAGCCAGCGUACAGCUUCCGGGUUGUGUGGCCAGCAGGACUAAGCCGCUUCUGGCGAACCAGAGCAGCGCACAGAAACGCCGUUUACCUUCCCACCGGAGCGAUACCUAUUUAUCUACUUGCACUUUGACGUGCUUUUGAACUGCUAGGUUGGCAGGAGCAGGGACCGAGCAACGGGAGCUCACCCCGUCACGGGGAUUUGAACCACUAACCUUCUGAUCGGCAAGUCCUAGGCUCUGUGGUUUAACCCACAGUGCCACCUGCGUCUCACCCUUUGCUUACAAGCCUCCAAUGAAGGAGAUAGUCAAGCACCUUUCAAAGGAGUCCGUUCCACUGUUACCAUCAGGAUGUUCUUUCUAAUGUUUCCCCAUUUGGCCUGACAGGCCGUUUCUCUUAAGUCACACCCACCUGCUCCAUACCAGAUGUCAAGUGAGCUCCUGAAGCUCCUGAAGUGAAGUUACUUCACUGAAGUGUGCUGCUCUGUCUACCAGCUGGUGGCUGGGAACAGCACAUGUUGCUUCAGAAACAUCAAGCAGCUUCAUAGUAGCCUGCUUUUGGUAUAGCAGGUGUGUUAAGAUUUUGGUUACACCAAGAACUUUGAAUGUGUUAUUGAUGUAUUUGCCCCCCUCUUUUUGUCUAUGCUUUAAUAUUUUUAACCUGUCUUCUCUGGGGAUUGCAAUUAUUUUGUUAAAAAUGAAGAACAGGCUGCUAAAUCACAGCAGUAGCCCAUCUAGUCCAGCACCCUGUUCUCACAGAGGCCAAGAGGCCUGUGAGAAGCCAUAAAGCAGGGCCUAAGCACAACAGCUCUUGUUGCUCCUGUGGUUCCCAGAAACUGGUAGUUCAGCAGUCUGUGUUUCAUUAUUUCCCCCUGUGAUUUAGAGUCAUUCACUGCUGACCACAAGCCUCUCAUGGGGGAAGCGCCAGAAGUCCGAGGCUUCUUUCUGGGCUGUGGCUUCAACAGCGCUGGUAAGAGACAAACUUUCUCUUCUACAUAAGUAUGAUCUACAAUUAUUACUACUACCGCUAUUUAUUAAAUUUAUAUACAGGCAUCUUCUCACUUGCACCUGAUCUACUUGCGCACCACUAUGCGCUGGGAACCUGGAAGUGGCAGGAGAGAGCUGGAAAGUCUGUGGCUCACAAGGCGACCCUUCCCAGAGCCUGAGCAGUGCAGAGGCUAGGCCCCUGGACAGUUCCAGGCAUGGCUUAGGCUGGAGAGAUCCACAGGAUGUUGCUUCAGCAGCCUUCAUCUUCAGACUGAGCCUUCAAUAGGAGCUGCAGUGCUGUCUUCAGCAGCACUCUGGACAGCUGCUUGCAGAGCUUAGGCUGGAGAGGCCAUCAAACCGCCAAUGGUGUUUCAGCAGCAGUCAUCCCCAGACGUUCUGCUCCAUCUGGAGAGGCACUAGCACUGUGUGCUCAUCUUGCACGAAUGCCUCUGAUUCGCUAUGUACUUCUCUGGUAGGCACUGAGGGCAGUUCCCUCUUCAGUUCUGAAUCCUUGGCUGCAUCUCUUGAGGACUCUGACCCCAGAGUCAUCACAGCUUGGGCCUCCAACACAUAAGCAGAGAGCUAUCCCCUAGAAUGGGUAGGCUGGUGUGGCCUGGCUCGCCCAACUUAGUUCUACUUAGAGCACACCUUUUGAAAUGAAUGAACCUAAAUGAUUCAUGACUAUUAACUGCAAGGGGGUUCCCUAUGAAUAUAGAGCUUGCUUUGGAUGCAACCUAUAAUAUUUGACACCUUUUGUUGCCCUCAGGAAUCCAGGAGUAAUGUGAGGAGAGUAAAGCUAUCAGAUCUUGCCCUCCUGAGUCACAUCUCAGCUCAGGAAUUUAUUUUCUGUACUAGAACUGAGCUUGUAGUCUUUCCACAAUUUUGCUCUUUGCUCCCUCCAGGAAUGAUGCUCGGAGGUGGCUGUGGGAAGGAGCUGGCCCACUGGAUCAUCCAUGGGUAUCCUGAAAAGGACAUGUACGGUUAUGACAUUAGGUGAGCACCUUCCUACUCUGGCCCCGUAGAGAAUCUGCCUUGAAUACAGAAGGUUCCAGGUUCAAUUCCCCAGUGAGGCUGAGGGUGUAUCCUUGUCUGAAACCCUGUUUAAAAAGGUUGCUGAGGCUGCCAGCUUCAAUGUGAAGGGAGCACAAAGUGCUGGAUGGAGUUGAUGAUAAAUGCUGCCUGUGUCCUGGCAGUGGCAGGGGGUUCCAGUGAGGAGGCAGCAAAUGGCAGAGAAACCCCCAGCCAGCAUACAGAGUCCUGAACUAGCAGGAGCAAUGGUAUGAUUCAGGAUAAGGAAGCUUCUUGCAUCCUUGUUCUUCUGAGCCCUUUACCCAGGACUGUGAAGACUGGAAUCUUUCUUUCUAGGGUAAGGACUAAGGACCAUAGCUCGGUGGUAGAGUAUCUGCUUUGUGUGCAAACAUUCAGUCUCCAGGAACGGCUCCUGUCUUGAAAUGCCAGAGAGCCACUUCAAGUCAGUGCAGGCAAUAUUGAGCUAGAUAGACUAAUGGUCUUUCUCAGAAUAAGGCAGUUUUCAUAGACUAAUGUAUGAAGAUAGGUCAGCAGCCAGGCAUAGAGUGUCCUAUCUGCAUAUAUAAAGUUCUGGUUUCUGCCCUGGUAGGGGUGGGAAUAUUCUCCGUCUGCAUUGCAGGGGGGUUGCACGAGACUAGAUGACCCUCGGGGUCCCUUCCAACUCUACACGGCCAGUCAGUGUGGACAAAACUGAGCUAGAUCAGAGGCGUCUUUCCCAUAGGGCUUAGUGGCUCAUUGCGCCAGGGUGCCAGCCUCUCAGGGGCGCCCCAGUGAGUGGGGGAGCUGCGCGGCUUUGCCGGCGGCCUCCCCAGCUGCGCCCUGCCAACCAUCCUUCCUUCCUACCCUCCUCGGCCUGCCCCCCUCUGCGGACGGGUGCAUUGGUGCUGCUUAUGCUGCUUAUGCUUGUGCUGCUCCCACAAGUACUCUGCAGUGGCAGCGUGGGCUGUGGUGGAUGAGGAGCUGCUUCUCGACUCUGAUGGGCCACCGCCUCCUCUCCCUCGGCCGCAGGAAUCCCCUCAGCCGCUGCCUGCUGAGCUGCUGUUGUCUGAGGGAGUGGUGGGAACGGUGGUGGCAGGUGUGGCUCCCAAGGGGCCUUCGUCACCGGUGCCCACCACCCCACCACUCCCCAGGGCACAGGCGGCGGCGUGGCAACCGCCUCCUACUGCUCAGGCUGCUGGGCAGCAGCGAGAGCACCCGCAGCAGGGGCUGUCGUUGUCAGACAGUGGAGGAGGCGCCCCAGAGCCUCGCAAGCGAGCUCAGGGUUCCAGCGGUCUGGCCAGCCAUGCCGCAGCCACCACAUCGGCAGCGUCUUCUGUGGGUAGUGGCUCCUGGGGCUAUGAGGUGGUCUGCAAGUUGGGCCCUGAGUUCUAAAUUCUGGGAAAGGGAGGGGGUGACGGAGGGAUCUUUGUGCCACGGUGCCAGAUGUGAUUAAGACUGCCCUGAGCUAGAUGGUCCAGUGGUUUUUUCCUAGGUUAUGACACAGUCGUCCCAAUGAGACUCUUUUGCUGCCAGCUUUGUAGUCCUUCCAGUGCAAUGUGGAACCUUUUCUGUUCACGUAGGCCAGCAGGGGGGAAACUUUGGCCCUCCAGCUGCUGCUGAACUACAACUCCCAUUGGCCAUUGGCCAUGCUUGCUGGGGACUGGUGAGAGUUGUGGUUCAGCAACAUCUGGAGCAACAGAUGUUUUAUAAAACCUUGGCCUCCAUUUUGUAAAAAUCUGUCUUUAAUGCUGGGGUGUGUGUUGAGGUCUGUUGUGUUGCAUUUAGGUAACUUAAUGCUUGUUAGUUAGAGUAGACCCACUGAAGUGAGUGGACAUGACCAAAGUAGCUCUGAUGGAGUCUCCUGUGGGUAGAACUUGGUUGAAUACAAUGCUUUACAUUUGUCUUUCAAUUUUAUUUAUUAUUUUUGUACUUUACUCACUGUUAAGUUUUACCAAGAGUUAUACAUUUUAGGGCAAUAUUUUAUUUAUUUUUACUUGUUACAUUUAUAUACCACAUUUUUCUUCCAAGGAGCUUAAGGUGAUGUGCAUGGUUCUCCUCCUUCACAUUUAAUCCUCACAACAACCCUGUGAGGUAGGUUAAGCUAAGAGACAGUGACUGGUCCAAGGUCAUGGCUUCAUGGUUGAGUAGGGAUUCAAACCCCGGUCUCCCAGGCUCUAACCUUUGCACCACAUUGUAGGAGCCUGAAAGCGGGGUUGCUGUAUAGGAUUUUCUCACCCUGCGUUGCAAAGCAGUGUGGAUUGCCAGCAGCCGGUGGGUUCCGUCACAAACGCAGGCCUGUUCCACAGAUGUUUCUGUCUUUCGAAUGGCUGGGAAUUGAUGGCUCUUAAUAGUCGUCAUUAAUUUCUUUGUCAGUUUGAUCUCAUUGCCUCUAUUCUGCUUCUGUGUGAUCACCGGGAGUCGGAUGCAAGUUGAAAUUAUAGCUAUGCAGUAAUUAUAUCUGUUCAGGCAGCCUUCCAUACCCCGUUGCCCUCCAGAGGUUUUGGACUACAGCUGGCUGAUCCUGAUUAUUAUUAUUAUUAUUAUUAUUAUUUAUUUAUUAGAUUUAUAUAUCACCCUUCAUCAAAAAAUCUCAGGGAACUGUCGUUCUGGAGCGCAUCAGGUUGGAGAAGCUAGCUCUACAGAGCCCAGAGUGGAAUACAUAGUUCUCUUCUCACCCACCUGCAUCAAAUCUAGCUUGGUAUUGUCGGCACUGACUGGCAGCAGCUCCCCAAUAAUUUGGACGAGCUGGGCUUUUAGUGUGGAUGCCCCUAUGGAAGCAGAGGCAACCACACUUUCUGGAAACAACCGGAGAUAUUUUUGUUCCGACAGGCUUUGCCAGCUGAAUAGAUGGGUCUUUACUUUGAGUGGCCGCUUGUUAGGGUUUUGGUCCUGUUUCAAAUGUAUUUUCUGAUUCUUGGUGUUUUUAACAAUUUCUAAUUAUCUUAUGUUUGCUUAGGAGGCCAUUAAUAAAUCCAUGGUAAAAUAGAACUAAAAUAAAAUUUCAGUCAGGGGUAUAACCUGGGGGAUUCCAGGAUUGAACAUCUGACUUUCUGCAUGCUCUUACCCUUUAAAAAACACACACCCCAAACAGCCUAGUUUUCAGGGUUUUGAAUGGUUCCACGGCCAAACAGCUCUUACCACCUGGAAGUUCUUCCUGAGGUUUUGUUGGAAUCUCUUUUCGUGCCAUUUGAAUCCAUUGGUUUUGAUUCUGCUCUCUGGAGUAGCAGAAAACAAGCUUGCUCCAUCUUCCAUGGGGCAGUCCUUCAGGUAUUUGAAGAUGGCUAUCAUAUCUCUACUCAAAAUAAAUUAAAAAAUUGUCCAGUAGCACCUUAGAGACCAACUAAGUUUGUUCUGGGUAUAAGCUUUCGUGUGCAAAAGUAUCUAAAGAAGUGUGCAUGGGGUCACAAAGAGUCCGUGCACACUUCUUCAGAUACUUUUGCACAUGAAAGCUUAUGCCUAGAACAAACUUAGUUGGUCUCUUAGGUGCUACUGGACAAUUUUUUAAUUUUAAAAUUUAUUUCGACUACUUCAGACCAACAUGGCUACCUACCUGAAUCUAUAUCUCUACUCACUCUCUUCUUCUCCAUGCUAAACAUAGCCAACCCCAUCAACUGUUCCUCAUAAGGCUUGGUUUCCACACCCUUUAUCAUCUUGGUUCCAGCUUGUCAACAUCCUUCUUAAAUUGCGGUGCCCAGAACUGGACACAGGACUCCAGGUGUGGCCUGACCAAGGCAGAACAUAGUGGAACUAUUACAAUAGAAUGAAACUACCUAAGACGCACCAGACCACAAGAUGCACCUAGUUUUUGGAGGAGGAAAACAAGAAAAAAAUUAUUCUGAAUCUCAGAAGCCAGAACAGCAAGAGGGAUCGCUGCGCAGUGAAAGCAGCAAUCCCUCUUGCUGUUCUGGCUUCUGUGAUAGCUGCACAGCCUGCAUUCGCUCCAUAAGACACACACACAUUUCCCCUUACUUUUUAGGAGGGAAAAAGUGAGUCUUAUAGAGCAAAAAAUAUGGUAAGUAACAUGUCCCUUGACCUGGACACUAUACUUCUGCUGAUGCAGCCUAGAAUUACAUUAGCUUCUUUUGCUGAUGCACCACACUGUUGACUCAUGCUAAGCUUGUGGUCUUAAAGAAAGCUGCUUUAGUCAGACAGUUGGAGGGGAGUAUUACUGAUGGCUACUAGCCAUGAUGGCUAUGCUCUGCCUCACAUUGCUUCUGAAUCCCAGUUGCUGGAAACCACAGGAGGGGAGAGGGCUCUUGGGUCCUGCUUGCUGGCUUUCCAUAAUGGGCAUCUGGUUGGCCACUGUGAGAACAAGAGGUUGGUUAGAUGGACCACUGGCCUCAUCCAACAGGGUCUUCUUAGGUUCUUAUUGUCCCUCCAUCUCAUUGUUGUCUGCACUGACUUGAAGACACUCUUCAGGGUUCUAGACAGAAAGUCUUUCUUAGCCCUACCUGGAUAUGCUAUCAAGGAUUGAACCUGGGACCUUCUGCAUGCAAAGCAGCUGCUCUUCCACUGAACUAUGACUAAGUGGUGUGGAGGGCAGCGUUGGAACAAUGUAUAUAAGUGAAGCUGGUAGCCAGGCAGACAGUGAGUUCAAGAGCUGGAAACUGGAAGACCUGACUCUACCAUGAUGCUGCAGCCUGUAAUGUCUGUCUCUGCCUUCAAGCAAGCAAGUGCCUCGUACCCUCCUACCUCCAGAGGAAGAGAGUGGUGUCAGCAAUAACUCAAAACAUAAUUUAUUUUAAUGGUGUGCUGUUCCGAAGCAGAGGAAAUGGCAUGUUCUCAAACAGCAGACACAGAAGCACCUCUGUGUCAAAACCUGCCAACAGCCUCUUUUUGCAAUGUACUCUUGGAUUCUGCAAUGGAAGAGCAUCUCAGCACCAAAAGUGGUGUGAGGAUAAGCAUGCCUGUCACCAUUAGCCUCCUCAAGGGGUGCUUAGAAUCCUGUUCCUGAACUUAUGGCCUUGUUAAUCUGCGAACCCUGCAAAUUCUGCAGGGGUUAUAAAUUAAAAGUAUGUAUUGGUGCCUGAGGCAAAAGACUGGUUAGCUCUCCUUGGAGGCCCAGAUGCAAGGCAAGGAUGGGGAAGGGCUGUAGCUCAGUGAUUAGUGAGCCUGCUCUGCAUGCAGAAGGCCCCAGCUUCAAUCCCUAACCAAUGGCAUCUCUGAGUUGGUCUGGGGGAAAACUCCAUGCCUGAAACUCUGGAGAGUCACUGUCAGUCAGCCUAGACAGUAUUGAACUAGAUGCACCCAGUGGUCUGACUCCAUGUAAGGCAGCUUCCUAUGCUAUUAUUACUAGUUGAAUCUUAUUGGCUGCUUCCAUUUGCCACCAGAGACACUUUUCCACACCCUGCCUAAUGGUAGGGAUGGCCCUGAUUGUACAACUAAUGGUUUGCUGAUAUCUAGAUUUGCCUCCUUCUUCUGUGCUGCCCCUUAUGCUUGGAACCUUUUAACCAGAACACUGAAACCAAUCCCCUCCACACCACAACCACCUCCAUCUGCCUUCCUGGAAGUCCAACACCAUUGUGGAUGGAGAUCUUUCUGGGUUCUGAAAGAAAUCAGCAAGACCGCCAACUCAUGCCUCUAAUUUGUCAUGGAUGCUGCAACAUGAUGUAGCGUUCAGAGUGCCAGACUAGGAUUUGGGAAAGAACAAGAUUUGAAUCCCCACUCAGCCAUGAAGAUCAUUGGGCAUGACCAUGGGCCAGUCACUCACUGUCAGCCUAACCUACUUCACAGGGUUCUUGUGAGGAUAAAAUGGGGGGGGGGGGGAGAGAACUAUGCAUGCUACCUUGAGCUCCUUGGAGCAAAGAAGGUGGGCCAUAAAAGCAACAACAAAAAAUAACAAAUUCCUCCAUUUUGAAUGCACACACUACUAAUAAACUUCUUCGGGUAUUAGCCAAAUGGAGAAGUAAACAGGUUAGACAGAAAUGAGAUGGGUAUGCUAUAUUUGCCCCCUCUGUCCCCAUUUUCCAUGAAAAACCCCCAGUUUGAAACCCCCAAAAUUCAGCAUUUAAAAAUGUGCUGGGAGCAUUCGCACUAAGGUUUCUGGGAGCAGAAAUCGCUGGUGUUUGCUUAUUCAUCCCAUGUCCAGAUUGGACCAGUCCACCGAAUAUAAUUGGUAUUGGGGGGAAAUGGGGGUGGUGACAGCACACUCAUCUCUUUAUUUCACCAUUUGGUCCUCAUCUGAAGAUAACACUUGGGUCUGCCUCUGUCUGUCUCUGAAAUGUUCACCUCUCUAUAGGAGGUUUCACCACUCCCUUACAAACAACAACCGCUGGAUCCGGGAAAGGAGCCAUGAAUCAUAUGCAAAAAACUACUCUGUCGUCUUCCCAUAUGACGAACCUCUGGCUGGGCGCAAUAUGAGGAAGGACCCCCUCCAUGAGGUCAGACCCAAAGCUCAUGGAAGAAAUUCUGGGUGGACAUGGGGGUGUUAGGCACAGAGGCAUCCAGGGAUGUGGGUAGCUUCUGCUGGAAGACUUCUGAAACAGGCAUGUCCUGAAAUGGAUUGUGUUUGCACGACUCUAGGGUUUGAUCUAGAAACCUCAUGGAUGGUCCAAAGCUGAUACUUUAUUUGAGCAAGCCACCCACCAUUGUAUACCCUCAUGGCCAGAAGGGAUGUGGCACAAGUUGUUUUUAGAGAAGAAUCCUCUAUGUUGCAUUACAGGUGUGGUAGCAGUGAAGCUGCUGGACACAACUUAGCUGAGCUUGUGUGAUGUUCGGGGGGGGGGGGAAGCCAUCCAACAACUGCGAGGGAAGUGGGUGUUGUCAGUUUGGCAGGGAUAAAAGCCUCAAGCAGGCUUUGUAUGGGGAAAAUAUUUGUGGCGAGAGGCCCCAGGUAGACCCUAACGCUAUGGGGGCAUUCAGCCUAGAACAACAUUAGCUCCAGCAACAGCAAAGAGGAGGCAAUAGCAUGAGAGUGAUCACAGGCUAAUUUCAUGGCUCCUAGGUCAAUGGAAUGUUGGGGUUCAGGUUUUUUUUUAACACUCUUCUUCCCUCCAUCUCCUCCCUCUGCACUCAAAUUUUUGUGACUCUUGCAGGAACUUCUGCAACAAGGUUGUGUAUUUCAAGAGAGACAUGGUUGGGAGAGGCCAGGCUGGUUCCAUCCAAAGAGUGAGGCACCAGUAAGUACAAAAUUUAGGGAUGUAAUACCAAGGAGGAGCAUCGUGAAACAUCAUGUCUCCACAUGUGACCUUUGUUCCUCUAGCACUACCACUAUGAGGUACCCUAAAGUCUCUUUUGCCUGUUUUCCUGUGCUGCUCUUUGCCCCAGGAGCUUGCAGAUUUGCACCAGCCUGUCUCCCCAUUAAUGUGAGAAGGAUGAUCUGCAUAAUGUCCUCCUCACCCCAGUCUUGUCCUAGACUGCCCUCUGACUUUAAAUGUAUGGGUGUGUGUUUUCCCCCAAUCUUGGCCCUUUUGGGGUUUCCAAGGAUUGGAAAACCCCAAUCCUUGGCAUCCAACCCACCAGGGGCAGAAUUCCCAGAGAGAUGGGUUUGGCUAAUUUUGGCUUCUGAAGGCAGCCCUGUUUAGGGAAGUUUUUGAUGACUGAUGUUUAAAUGUAUUUUUAAUCUCUGUUGGAAGCCGCCCAGAGUGGCUGGGGAAACCCAGCCAGCUGGGCGGGGUAUAAAUAAAUUAUUAUUAUUAUUAUUAUUAUUAUUAUUAUUAUUAUUAUUAUUAUUAUUAUUAUUGCAGGUUUUGGAAUAUGAUUAUUAUGGCGCUUAUGACCAAACCCCACAUGAAGACUAUGAAUACAACCGCUUGCUGUCGGAUGAAUACACAUUUGAUUUCCCACCUCACCACAAUGUUGUGAGUAGAAUGCCCUUGGAGGAGGAUGCAGUGGUCCUGUUGCCAAGAGGGGCUUCUAAUGGGAGGGGGGAGUCUUUAGGUAAGGGGCAUUCCCAUCUCCACCUGGAGAUGCAGUGAUUUGAACCUGGGAUAUUCUGGCAGACGAACUCAGGCUUGCUGGCAUCCCUCAGGACUGCACCACAAUCAGGCUUUUAAAAAGCCUCCAUUGGAGCCAACUAGAGCUUUUUUAAAAUCCUCUAUUGGUGCCAAUUGAGGCUUUUUAAAACUUCGUUGCUACAGCAGCAUCCUUUAUGGGAGGGGGUUUCACAGCUGGCUCUUUGUAUAACAGCUUCCAGCACAGCAUCUUGGGGGGUGGGGGUGGAAGGGAACCUUUAGCUGUUGAAACAUAAAAUCAAAAGUGAUUCAGGUCUGAGUUCUUUGGGAAGAAAGAUGUCUAAUAGGUAGUCUGAUGAGAUGUCACUGCACACAGAAAUGAGUUACGGGAUGCCAAGCACUGGAAAAGAGCCAUUGUUGUGGUGGGUGUAACUUUUGAAGAAAAAAAAUAAUCCAAGGAAUAUCUGUUGUUUUUCUUUUUAAGAUAUAAAAAGCAUGAAUCACAGGUCCCUUUUCUUUUCUUCUCCUGUUACCUUGAGCGACUUCUUACAUGCCCCUUGAUUCUCCCUUUCAACGUGACCAAGCCUGCCUGCCAUGUGCCCCCAUCACCCCAUGGCUCUGUUUUCUUUCCCUCCCCGGUUUUAGAUCAGGAACGAAUGCUUAACCUGCCGAAAUGCCCUGGCGGUGUUCGACAUGUCUUACUUUGGGAAAUUCUACCUCGUCGGCCCAGAGGCCAAGAGGGCAGCUGACUGGCUGUUUACGGCUGACGUUUCCAAGCCUCCAGGUACCCCCCCCCCGUCCCCACCAUCCCACCCGCUUAUUUCCAGCGGUGUUCUGCUGGUGCUGCCAAUGUCAUCAAUGCCUUCUCUUGCAUCAGGCACAUAAUCCCCUCCCAGUUAAUGAUAACGUUCAGCCAAGGCUUCUGCCAAUCAAGCAGGGGAGGUUGCUUUCAAACAAAGGGCUCUGUGCCCGGGAGGAGGUUUGAAUACCCCAAAGGACGCAGGCAUCUCUUUGAGAGCUGCAGCCUGUGUUGAUUUGGCUCUGCUUGUGAUGGCUUUAAGAGGGGAUUAUACGAAUUCAUGGGAGCACAAGCCUACCAGUGGCAAUUGCAGUGGCUGGGAUGGCUUCCUCUCUCAGAGGAAGUAUGCCUCUUAGCAACUAACUACAGGAGAUCACAAUCUAUUCAGUUCGGGAUUCAGGCUUUGACUGAAUUCGGCACACAGUCCUAUUGGAAAUCAAGGCCACCAGGAAAGAAAUGUGUGUGUGUGUGCUUUUAAGGGAGAUGCAUAAAAACUUUUACUCAUUUUUCCUCAUAUUACAUCUGCCUUUCACCCCAUUUUUAAAGUCCCAGAAUCAUAGAAUUGUACUGUUGGGCAUCUAGCGCAACUCCCUGCAUCACAUAAAUCACAGUUAAAGAAUCCCCAACAGCUUCUCUUUAAACACCUCCAAUGAAGGUGAGUCCACCACCUUCUGAGGGAGUUCAUUCUAUUACUGAACAGCUGUUACUGUCACAAAGCAUUUCCUAAUGUUUGGUUGGAAUUUCCUUUCUCAUCUUUCAAAUCCAUUUCUGUCUUGUUUCAUCUAAUUGUUACCUCAGCUAAAAGGAAACUGUUUAGUUAUUGAACAAUUCAGAUAAAUCCUAAUGGAAUUGUUUCCCCUACACCCCCUCUCCCCUAAUGGAAGAGCAAAGGCAAGGAUCCUUCACUUUGUAGCCUAAGGGUUAAUUUUUUUAGAUAGCUAGCCAAGAGGGGUACAAGUAGAAGUGUUGCUUAGCAACCAGGAAGGGUGGCAUGACAUUACUGAGUUAGCACAUGCUCUGACUGGCUUUGUAGUUCUGAGGGAGUUUUUUCCCCCCUCUGUGCGUUUGAUUGAAUGUCUAAAUAUAUGCUGUGUACAAGGCCAACCUCUCCAUUCCUUUCUUCUCACAUUAAUACCCUGUUUUCAUUUGCUUUUCCCAGUAAAGUGUUAUCAGGGCUUCUCUCUCUGGAUUCUUUCUGAGUUUUAAAUGACUUUUCAUAUGCAUACAUUCCUGCUUCCAAAUGCUGCUUUUAUGGAAUGAUCUGGGGAUAAAAAAAGAUCUGGGGCUUCUGUUUCAGGAGCAACAGUUUAUACCUGCAUGCUGAAUAUGCGUGGGGGAGUCGAAAGCGAUCUGACCGUUAGUGCAAUAGACCCCGGCACACAGGACUCUGCACUGGCACCCGCCUUUGAAGGUAAAACUGCAAUGGCAACAACACUGAUCCUUGAUCAUUUUAAACCAAUUAGAUGCUGGUUUUUCUUAGCACUCUGUUUGAGUAGAGCUGCAGUUAGAUUGGAAGUUGUUAUGCACUGAGCUGAAUCCUAGAACAAUAGGAUCCAGAAUGCAGCAGUCUGAUUGGUCUGCAGGAGCCACCCAAUCCAGCUCCAGGUGGAAGUGAAUCAGCGACCUGAUUAGCCUGCAGGAGCAACCAAUCAGGCUCCUGGAUGAAGUGAAUUAGCAACCUGAUUGGCCUGCAGGAGCAGCCAAUCAGGCUCCUGGAGAAAGUGAAUCUACAACCUGAUUGGCCUACAGGAGCAGCCUGGAAUUAGCCAAUCACGGGGGACCCAUUGUGUAAAUAAUGUAUAUAUAGCUAGACGUUUUGGGGAAAGUUUCAUUCAUUGCUACCACGAGCUGAAUAAAGAGCAUGACUCCGAGUAUAUUUCAGAAGUCUUGGUGUGGACAGGAGCUGGGUGGGCAGCUCUUGAAACAUAUGGUGGGGUCUGGAGGUGGGCAGGUCCCAGCAAUCCAGGGGACAUAAGAGCCUGUCUGUUGAAUCUCUCUUCUGACAGCUGAGGGGAAACACAGUCUUCAUGACUAGCAGCCAUUGAAAGCCCUUUCCUCCAUGAAUUAGUCUAGUCCUCUUUUUUCCAAAGCCAUCCAAGUUGAUUGCCAUCACUGCUUCUUGUGGGUGAGAAUUCUAGUGCUUAGUGCAAGAGCCGUCUUGCCAAAAAUGGGUUUUCAGGAAGACUUUUAGAAAUCAGUUUUAAGAUGGUUCCCUGAUCUCUUGGGCUCACAAACUAUAAAGAGACAUGGCACAUGAGGAAAAAGGAGCAGGAGGGAAGAGGGGAAAGCAAGCACCAGGCCAGGUUUUUAAGGUUACCAUUCUUAAAAGUUGCAGCUGAUGUCAGUGGUGGUUCUGGCUGUCUUGCCAUUGAUAAAGAGCAGUCUUCCACCCACUGAAGCACCCUACCCUCCCCCCAUCCACAAAAUCAGAUCCAGGAGCAUAGAACUGGUGCCAACAGCUAGGCCAGGAGGGAACGGGCAGCUCCAGCCCCACAGUUGAGUCUUGAUGACACUUGGAAAUCAUGACAGGAGGGGGCUUGAUGGAGUCACCCUCCUCCCUUACUCUCCCUCACACCAGGCCCAAAUGAAGUCAUUCUCAGCACAGCAGGAAUGAGAAUGCAAGUCACGUCUUUUUCUGUCCUGGACCUUGACAUGACAGCCUCCUUAAUUUUUUUGGAUGGCAGGUGGCUGGUGUGAAUGGUGAUUUCAUUACCUAUGACUAGACACCAGGCUGGCCAUGUCUCCCCCCACCCCACCCCCAGUCUCCAUCCAGCAGCCAGCAUAACCUAAUUAAACACUCCUCCUUUGAGGCCUUUUUGCAAACUGAAAGGUGCUUAUUGAGUUUCUGUCAACCCUUGCUGCAUCUACUGUCUCUGGGCUGGCGGGUAGGUGCACCCGUGACUGCUCCUACAGCCCUUAUUUGGAACAAUUAAGGACAAAUUAAAAAUAAAUCAGCCGGUGAGUGGAUUUGCACAAUUACUGGCAAGCUAAAAUGGGUAGCUGGAGGGAGCGUGCGUUACUUGACCUUACAUCACAGAAUUGGAGAGUUGGAAGGGGCUCAAAGAGUCAUCUAGACCAACCCCCUGCUGCAAUGCAGGAAUCGCAGCUAAAGAAUCCCUGACAGAUGGCCAUCCAAUUGCUGCUGGAAAUCAUUCAAGGAAGGAGAGUCCAGAUGUAAAAAGGAGCUCAGCUAGAUGAAGCCUGGUGGAGGCUGACUCACUGGGGCUAACAGGGCUCAGCCUGCUCUCAGCCACUCCCACCUCCCUGCCCUCUGUCUUGAGGGUGGACCUGAUGUUCAUCUUCUUUCUCCCUCUUAGUCUCAGACUGCACACACAUCAUACAUUUACAGAACAUUCAAAGCCCCAGUCUUCCCCACAUGGCAACAGUAGUUUACCCAACAGAGCUAUAACUCACAGCAUGCUUAAACUACAGUUCCCAUUAUUCUUUUGGGGGAAAUGUGCUUUACCUGUCUGGUGUGUGCACAUCCCCCUGUGUUGCCCUGGGAGAAGGAUAGGGACAAAAGAAAGAAAAUGCUACCUGGUGGAAAUAAAAUAAUACAUGGCAUUGAGAAAGCAGGUAGAUAAAUGUUUUUCUCUCUCUAUCGGAACACCAGAAAUUGUGGACAUCCAAUGAAGCUGAAUGUUGGAAGGUUCAGGACAAAUAAAAAAUGACUUUGUUAUGCAGUGCAUAGUUAAACGGUGGAACUCCCUCCUGCAGGAGACAAUGAUGGCCAACAACUUACAUAGAGGGCUACUGAUGGACACUAGCCACUAUGUCUAUGUCCUCCCUCUGCUGUCUGAGGCAGUAUGCCUCUGAAUUGCUGGGAAUUACAAGUAAGGAGAGUGCUGCUGUGCUCUGGUGCUGCUUGUGGGCUUUGCAAUGGCACAUCUGGUUGGCCACUGUAAGAACAGGAUGCUGGGCAAGAUAGGCUUUUGGUUGACAUUUCGCUCUUAAGUUCUGCUUCCAUUGUUGAAGGCAGCAAUGCUUCUGAAUACUAGUGGGUAGGGGAGAGUGCUCUUGUGCUUGGGUCCUGCUUUAGGGCCACCUGGUUGGCCAUGGAGACAGUAGGAUAAUGUCUAGAUUCAUCAGGGUCUUCUGGAAUUAAGCUGGCUUUCCUUGCCAUUGGUUAAGGCUCCCUGCUGGGCUCCCUGCAUUCCACCCCACCAGCUCCACUGGGCACCAACUGCCUGCUCUUGAGGCAUGGCAAAUUCAGCAUCCUGGUCCCAGUGCCAGAGAGAUGGCUGCUUUCAGGAAGCCCACUGAGAAAGCAUCCAAGAUGACAACAUUCUCACCCUCCAUGCUUCUGGGGCCACAUACCUGUGGUGGGUGGGAUGAGAGGCAAGAGUGGGUGGAGCAAUGAAUGUGACACAAAAUAGUCAUAAGCAAUAAAACACAUCUACAAGUACACCAGGUUGAACAAUUUCCACCUAAAUCAUAGUGAGAUCUAAAUAUAAAGAUACCAAAAAAAUAAUAUAAAUAAGAACAGCCCCCUGCCCCCCCAACCCUAAACAAUGCUCCAACACAAAAAAUCUAUUCAGCAGUCUCAGCUUUUGUAGCUGGAGUUAUUUGCAGACACACCUUCCCAGGCUAGGUGGGGAAAAGCCUGCAAGGCAGGAAGCAGGUCUUCCAGGACUCACAUCCAAGAUGGAAACCCCUCUCUGGAUUCAGGUAAGUCCAUAUUCUCUUUCUGACAGAUGGAGACCUUGCCCCACAAAUCGGAAUCCAGAUACUGCUGAACCCAUUUAUUUAUAAAAGUAUUUGUAUAUUGCUAUAUCAUUUUUAAAAAUAUUAAAGUGGUUUACAGCAAUAAAACCAUAAAAUAAAACCAUAAACAGUUAAAAGCAAGCAUCAGUUGACUAUUGUGGAAGGAUGCACUCUUUAUUGCUCGCAUGGUUCUGGUGGAAUAGUAAAGUUUUCAACAGGCAUUUAGAAGUUGGCACAGAAAGCACCUGCUCAAUCUUUACUGGCAGAGCAUUUCACAGGAAUGACAGUCAAGGAUCAUUUUCUUGUUCUUGUCAAACAAGCUUCGCCAACUCAGGGGUACGACAAACGGCACUCUUGCAGAUGAUUUCAGUGAUGGAGCUGGAAUAGAGGGACUCAGGGGAUCCCUGAGGUUCCUUGGACCUAAGCUGUUCAGGGCUUUGUUAAUUAAUACAAGGACCUUGAACCAGACUCUGUAGUAGAUAAGCAGCAAGAUGCCUAUUUAAUAUUACCUGUCCUUCUUCCUAGGGGAUGGCUACUACCUUGCAAUUGGGGGAGCAGUAGCACAGCACAACUGGUCCCAUAUCAUGACAGUCCUGCAGGACAAGAAGUUCCAGUGCCAGUUGAUUGACCAGUCAGAACAGCUUGGAAUGAUCAGCAUCCAGGGACCAUACAGGUGAGAGUCACAGGUGGGAAAUGGACCCGGGGUAGUCUGGUUGUUCUUUUUAACCCAUGACUGAAUAAAUUAGGAUAUUUAUUGUACACACUUGGUGGUUCAUUCCCCAGUGGCAUCUCCAGGUGGGUCUGGGAGAGACUUCUCUCUGAAUCCCUGGAGAGAUGCUGCCAGUCAAUAUUGAGUAGAUGAUAUUGAGCUAGAUGUAACUCAGUAGCCUGAAUAGGGCUGGAUCUAUACAGAUAUAUAAAAACACUAUGGGGGGAAAAAUGCUAUAGGGGAGAAAACGCUCCCAAAGCAAUCCGCCAUUGACUUUGGAUUCUGCUCUACAGCACCAUCUGGUGUCACAUUUUUAUAAUGCAUUUUUAAUGUUAUAAAUUGGUAUCUGAAGAAGUAUGCAUGCGCACGAAAGCUCAUAUCAAUAACUAUCUUAGUUGGACUCUAAGGUGCUACUGGAAGGAAUUUUUUAAUUUUGUUUCAACUCCAGCAGACCAGCACCUACCUGUAAAUUGACCUGUGUAGCUGAGUCCUAGAUAUAAGACUGUUUCCUCUGUUCCAUGGGGCUCUGGAUUUGGAAGCUCUAAAAAAAAUCUCAAGAGCCAACGCCCCCUCACCCUCAAUUUUAAUGUACCUGCUCAGGUGAAAUACCCGCUGAUCUUUUUUUGGCAGCAGUUAAAUGGAUUUCAAUGAGUUUGAGAAAUUGAUCAAAAGGGCUUUGUAAAUUUCUAGUUUGGGGAUGGUCUUAGACGGAAAGUACCCAUAUCAGCUCCUGCUUGUGGAGUUCCUAUUGAGAAGAUGGGAUGAGAUGGGCAUCCUUUGGCUGGAUCCAGCACCCAGGCUCUUCUUAUGUUCUUCUUCCACUGGGAUUUUCAAGUGGGGAGAGUUUCUGUUGUGCUCAGAUCCUGCCCAUAAGGGACAUCUGGUUAGAUGUUGAGAAAACAGGAUGCUAGAAUAAAUGGGCUUUUGGUCUGAUCCAGCAGGACAUAUUUUAUGCUCUUAUAACUACAGAAUUAUGGUGGCUUCACAAAUGCUAUUUAGGAAAAGUGGGGUGGUGGCCUCCUCCCUUUCCUUUGCUCCCUUCUCUUGCACAUGCAUUUACACACACACACACACACACACACACACACACACACACCUUCCUUUGGUCCUCAGUAUUCCUCAGGAGCAUAUUGAUUAUCUUGUCAGCUGCUUAAUUUUGCAUCCUGAGAUCCUGUCUGCACUAUAUGUUCAAAGCAGUUUCGUAUCACUUUAAGCAAGCAUGACUUCUCACAAAGAACCUGGGAAUUGUGGUUUUGUCAGGGGGCCGAGAGUUGCAAGGAGACCUCUGUUCCCCUCAGAGAGCUACUGUUCCCAGAGUGGUUUAACAGCUGAUCCCUCUUUCAAGAGAACUCUUGGAAGCUGCCUUAUCUCAAGUCAGACCAAUGGUCUAUCCAGCUCAGUAUUAUCUAUGCUGACUGGCAGCAGCCCACCAGGAUUCCAGACAUAGGCCUGUCACAGCCCUACCUGGAGAUUCCGCUGGGGAUCGAACCUUGGGACCUUCUCCAUGCAAAGCUGAUACUCUCCCAAAAUCGGUCAAGAGAUUCCCUGUGGAGCACGUAUCAUGUCUCUCUGGAGCUUUCCUUUUCCUCCUGAUUAGCUUUCUGAGGGCCCUUUUUUGCCAGCUGUCUCUUUGAUGGCACAUUUGUAGGGCAGGCAAAGCUUUGCAACUGGAGUCUAAGAGGAUUUCCACUCAUUAUCCUUGCAUUCACGCCCUUCAUUUUCAUAAUGCUGCCCAUGGCUGUGUUAAUGGCACCCUGUUUCCUCAGCCCAGAGCAGAUCCUCAGGGGACAGCAAUUGCUUGUCAGCCUUGGUGCGCUGGCGUCUGUGAUGUGCCAAGGAACCCUAUGCUCAGUGGGCCCCAAAAUAUCCUGGUCCACUAAAGAUAAUCUCUGGCUCCUGUCACUUUUCUGUGUCAGCUUAUUCAGGGUGGGACGGGAAGAUCCUCAAAAGCUUUCCUGGCAUGUUUAAAGAAAGUGAGCACUCAUUACCACAGAUUAUGGAGGAACUGAGAUUUUCAAUGUUAGCAGGAAAGUCUGGAAACCGUGCCUUAUGAGGAACAGUUGAGCUGGGUAUGUUUAGCCUGGAAAAGAGGAAACUGAGAGGAGUUAUGAUAGCCACCUUCAAAUAUUUCAAGGGCUGCCACAUGGAAGAUGGAGCAGGUUUGUUUUCUCCUGCUCUGGAGGGGAGGACCUGAACCAAUGGCUUCAAGUUACAAGAAACAUCAGCUAAACAUCAGGAAGAACGUUCUGACAGUAAUUGCUGUUCAACAGUGGAAAGUUCUCCCACAAGAGGUGGUGGACUCUAUCUUGGAGGUUUCAAGCAGAGGUUGGAUGGCCAUCUGUCAUGGAUGCUUUAGUUGAGAUUCUUGCCUUGGGGUACAUUCCUACCUUGGGGUCCCUUCCAACUCUACGAUUCUAUGAUUCUAAUAAUCCCUUCCCAUGCUCUGAAGCCACAUUCUGAGAAGCGGUGUUGGAGAAUUCCAUUUAAAACAGGAAUGAGUUGGGGCUAGUUAGCUAUGCUCUUUACUGCUGUCAGCUUGGAGACUGCCCUCUAUCGGGAAGACCUUAAAGCCUAAUGCCUGAUGGGAUGGCAAGGGGAAGUUUGGGAGAAAGAAAGUCCGUCUUCACACAGCAUGUUGUUGAACUAUGGAGCUCACUUCCACAGGAGGAAGAGAUGGCCACCAACCUAGAUGACUUUAAAAAGAGGAUUGGACAAAUUCAUGGAAGAGGAGAGGGCUAUCAAUGACUACAAGCCACAGUGGCUGUGCUCCACCUCCAUGGUCAGAGCAGUGAUUCUUCUGCCUACCUGUUACUGGAAACUGCAGGAGGGGAUGUUGUUGUGUUCAGGUCUUGCUUGCUAGUUUCUCAUUGGGGCAUCUCUUUGGUCUGUGUGGGAACAGACUAGAUGGGACAUCAGCUUGAUCCAGUGGGCUCUUAUGCUCUUAUGGGAUCUGGCUGUUUCCUAACAUCUAACACAAAGCAGAAGUGUCAGAGGCCAAACUAAACAUAAUCAUCUGGCAAGGGAUGGUCCCCUGUAUUAGCUAUGCAAACAGAAGUGAUGUCAGUGUCAGACCUCCAGCUUCUCAUGCUUACAUAUGGAUAGGCUAUGUCAUAUAGAAUUGAAGCUUUGGCAAGGCAUUCAAUGAUCCAGUUAUUUGACGUUGCCCCCGCUCAGUUUUCCUUCUUAUACAUGACUGAUGUAUGUAUGUAACACUCUAUGGAUUUUGCUGGAGUUGGCCCAUGUCAUUUUAACAUUUGCUUACUCAUUUUAUUUAAUGACAUUUGCACAGCACCUGACUGUAAAAGAGACCCCCCCCAAAAAAAACAGUUUAAAAAGAGAACAAAACAAUCAAAUUAUUAGUAAAACCAUUUAAAACAUUAAAAAAUGAAGAUCAGCGACAAACUAAAAAAUAUAUUAAAACACACAUCCACAUUCUAAACAUCUAGGUGGGCUUGUCUAAGCAAGAAUGUUUUCAGCAGGUACUAAAAAGAGUACAUGGAAGGCACCUUCCCAGCAGACAGUGAGAUGGAUCAUUGGCCAAAGUGGAAGAAAUUUGAAGGCCCAUGGUAGUUGCUUUCCAUUUGGGGUGUGGAAUGUGAAAGCUGUCAGCUUGCCCUUUGCCUCAGGCUGGCCCUCAUGGCAGGGAUUGUGGGGAAUGUUGGAAGGGUGUGUGUGUGUGUGUGUGUGUGUGUGUGUGUGUGUGUGAUUCCUGGCAGUUGGUCGUCAUCUUCUCCUCACCAGGGUUCCUCUCCUUCCUCACAGCCGCGCUGUCUUGCAGGAAGUCCUGGAGACGGACCUCAGCAAUGAAGCCUUCCCUUUCUCCACUCACAAACUGGUGAAAGCUGCAGGCUGCACGGUAGGGAUCUCAGUGUGGAUUUGUUUUUUUGCCACAGCAACUCAAAGCAACUUACAAUAUUUUAUGCAAAACAAAAAACAUGCAACAUGAGCAUAAAAACCCAACAAAUUAAAAGAUUUUUUUUUAAAAAAACUACAUUAAAACAUCCCACCUGUGCAAAAAGCCUGAUGAAAUUGGAAUGUUUUUACCUGGCACCAUCAUUGCAUAUAUUUGGAUGCCAGAUGAACCUCCCCAAGCUUUCCAUAAGUAGGGAGCCACCACUGAAAAGUCCCCAUUCUUGUAUUCCUGUUAUUAUUAAUAUUUCAUAACCCGACCUGCACCAUAAGGUCCUAGCAUGUGGAUUGCAGUCAUUUAAAAAUGCAAUAGAGACUCCCUUUUCCUUAUCCUCAUUCUCUGUAUGCAGUGGGAAGGAUCAUAGCUCAUUGGUAGAUGAUCUGCCUUGCAUGCAGAAGACGCCAGGUUCAACCCCCAUCAUCUCCAGGUGGGACUGGGGAGGACUCUUGCCUGAAACCCUGGAGAGCCACUGCUAAUUAGUGCAGACAAUAUAGAGCUGGCUGGACCACAGAUCUAACUUGGUAUAAGGCACUUCUCUCUGUUCCAUUGCCUUAUAGCUGGCAAAAUAAUUUUCCUCUGGCAGAGGAUUUGCCUUGAACAGAAUUAAGUGGUGUGAUUUGUCUGCUUGUUCUUUUAUCAGGAUGGAUAUAGAGCCAUAAGCAGAGCUACCCCUGUUGAAUUUCUUCCUGCCUUGUUAAAACAUGGCCAGGAAUUGGACGGGGAACAGGCUAAAGCCUAGUGAAGAGAGACGCUGAAGUUGGUGGGCUUAAAAAAGACAAACGAGGAGUGGGGGUUAAUUCUCAAAAGACAUGUCUAAAAUGAAAAGCUACUAGAGUAGAAUUCUCUGCUCAAAAGAGCAACUCCCUCAGCAGCCAUGGGGUGGGAAACUGAAAGCGGAUUGUGGGUUUAUUUUGAGCUCCCCUGACAAUAGAGCCUUGGCUGGGAGCUGUCACACUCUCAGUGGCGCAGCAAAGCAUUUCUGAAGGUUGACAAUCUAAUCAGGAGGGGUGUGAAUGUUCAGAGCUUUUUGUAGGUGGGUGGGAGGCUGGAAAAGAAUUAACCCUUUCUUUAAAUUUUCAGAGGUUAAGCUCAGAAAGCAGGGCUGGGAGAGGAGAAGCUGCAGUUAUUUUGCCACAUGUCACAGAGCUGAAGAGUCAUUGGAAAGCAUGUGGCUUUGGGGGGCUGCUGUCAGGAUAGAUGCAGAAAGCUGCCACCAGGUUCUUGAGCUUGCAUAGACUAGUGUUGCUGGAUCUGACUGGCAGGAGCUCUCCUAGAGACCCUUAUGACCCAAGAUCCUUUUGGCUGAAGCUGGUGAUAACUGAGCAUGGUCCUUCAUAAAUGUUUCUACCUGUUUGCCUCUGAAUGCCAGUUGCUGGGAAACAUAAGUGUGGAGAGUUGCUUUUGUGCGCUGGUCCUGCUUACAGGUUUCCAACUGGGGUAUCUGGUUGUCCACUGUAGCAGAACAGCGGACCCUCUGUCCUGAUUGAUCUAUUGUGAUAGUAGGACCUCUAUGCCCAGAGAAAGUCUACCUUUGGAUGCCAGAUGGUGGGGUCCUCGUUGAGGGCUUUUCAGAAGAGGCAUCUGGUUGGCCACUGUAAGAACUGGAUCCUGGACGAAAUGGGCCAUUCACCUGAUCCAGCAGCCAGGCCCUUCUUAUAUUCUCUGACAGCUGAGGGACUCUCCACAUGGCCAAUCAAAGCUGAUAACUUGACACUUCCUUCCAUGUCUCGCUUUGUUCCCUGUCCUUAAUAAACGGAUUUGAACAGCUAUCCUCCGCUUAGGAGCCCAUGAAUAUUUCAUCUGGCUAAUCUAGAUUAAUGCAACGUGUCGUGUUAAAUGAUCAUCUCCGGAGGAAGGCUUGGAAAUCAGCAGGGCUGACGGCUCCAUUCCUCCGGGUGGUCGGGGAGUGGGGAGCUCGUCAUGCUGCUGACAGGCCCCCAUUGUGCUGGUGUAAUUGUCAGUGCCUCAUUCCCUUCCAGGGGUUUGAUGGGACUCAAGGAUAGGAAAUAAAUCUGCUAUUUUAAAAUACAUCCCGUGGGGAAAUUCAGAGGACCAGAAGAGCAAGGAGCGAAGGAGAAAAACAACUGUGAGGUGUCCCGUUGUAUUAACUCAGUUGCUCUGGUGACACGCCAUCUCCCGUCUCUAGCACCAGUAGGCCAACUGUCGCAAAGUUAGAAGGAAAAAAAAAUGACUGUAGAUGGGCGAAAGGGGUGAAGAGCAUGACACACUGAAUAAAAACCCAAGUUGAGACACAGGACAGAUUCUCCCAUUAGGCUGGGGUGCUGGCCAAGGGUGGCAUGUCUUUAUGUCUUUCCUUCCUUCCUUCCUUCCUUCCUUCCUUCCUUCCUUCCUUCCUUCCUUCCUCCCUCCCUCCCUCCCUCCCUCCCUCCCUCCCUCCCUCCCUCCUUCCUUCCAUAUCUCCAGCACUCCACAGCCUCCCUGGCUGCCCUGUGGGAUGAAUUAACUUCCUGACAUCUUCCCCAGGCUUUAAAUGAUGUGCUGGCACCCAGUGAGGCUGCAGAGAGGUCAGGCUACUGGUGAGGUGAUAUUUGGAAUAAAUGAAAAGCCAUUCCCAAGUGGCCACUUCAAAACUAAGGCAAGGAUGGGAAAACAACAAUACCAUUGUGAGAACAGGGUGUUGAGCUAGAUGGGCCAGUGACCUUAUCCAGCAUCCAAGUUCCUCUUUAAGUUCCUAUUUUCUUCCUUCUCAGGUCCGUGCCAUGAGGCUGUCGUUUGUGGGAGAGAUGGGCUGGGAGCUUCAUGUCCCCAAGGAGCACUGUGUGAGGGUCUACCGGUCAGUUAUGAAGGCUGGCGCCAGGCAUGGCAUCAUCAAUGCUGGCUACAGGGCCAUCGACUCUCUCAGCAUUGAAAAAGGUGUUUGGACAGUCCUUGCUUCUAUCUGCAGUGAUGGCCUGGAGACAGACUUCUAUCUAGUUCAGAUAUUGGGGGUCCUGCACUGCCCUCUCAAUGCCCUCUUAUCAUCCCUGCCUAUUAGCUUUGCUGGUUGGGACUGAUGGGAUUUGGAAAAUCAUUAAGAUCUAGAUGGCAGCAGAAUGGGAAAGGCCAGCUAAUACUGACUAUCCAUGUUUUCCAAGCCCUUCCAGGAGAUCCCAAGGAUUGAUGAACCUGGGACUUCUUGGUCCCAAGGAGGGGGAACCUAUGACCCUCUAGAUUUUAGGCAGCCCUUAUAAUCCAUGACCAUUGGCCAUGCUCAGUCCAUCUGCAUCUGAAGGCGCAGAGGUUCCCUCUGAAGCAAAAGUAGACAACAUGAUGCCUUUUAGACAUUGUUGGACUUCAGCUCCCAUCAUCAUCUCUGACAGUUGGCCAUGCUGGAUCUGAUGAGGGUUAGAGUCCUCGAACAUCUGAAGGGCCACAGGUUUCUCCACCCCUGCUUUCAUGUUUUCAGUUUGUCUUGAAAUCCUGCUGGAAUUCCUGACUAGUUGUGGUCAUGGAGUGAAGAUGCCACUGAAACCCAGACCUGGAUAAUAACUGGAUAAUCAGAUUUCCCCUCUGAACAUUAUUUGAGUGUUGCCAUUUUGGAUUAGGCUAAGCCUUCUCAACAGCUGCUUUGAUUCAAACUCUACUGGCAGCUGUGUCUGAAUCUCUCUCUGUGUGUAUGCCAAGAGCCCACAGUCAUAAUGGAGGCCACAGACUUCUUUGCCCUCAUUCCAUUCCUGUUUUCCAGACUUGAUUGAUUAUUUCCCCAUUUCUCAGGCUACUUAUGAUCACAGAGAUGCCAUAGCUCUUAGGGGAAGGGUCAUAGCUCAGUGGUAGAGCACAUGCUGUGCAUGCAGAAUGUCCCAAGUUCAGUUCCCAUUUACCUGGGAAAAGCUUCUUCCUGAGCUAGAUAGACUAUUGGUCUGACUUGAUAAAUAGCAGCUUCUGGUGGUUCUAGAUCACUGAAAUUGUAUUCAGCUUCCCCAAUAAAAUAUUUGAGGGGGCUGGGCCCUUAGAGUUGCUGGGCAUUGCCAUUCAAAUGAUGUACAUGCACCACAUCAUGUGAUUGAUUACCUGCCCCCCCAAUAUUUUAUUAUUGUUGCUAUUUAAUAUUAGUAGUUGUAAUUGUUAUGUAACAUUUGUGACAUGCUUUUGCUCUGAGUAGGUUAGGUGCCGGAAACAUGGAUUUGGUGGGCUGGUAGGAAGUUGUCUCUCUCAGAAUAGGCUUGGAUGAAGCCCAAUGUCUCUCAAAAUGGGUUUGGAUGAAACCUGAUUGUCCUAUAAGGAUGGUCCGAGGGAGCAUGUCAAAAAACUGGGCACUUUCUGAGUUUACCUUCCAUUGCCAGGGAGUCAUCUCUAUGUGGUCUGACUGUGGCUGUUGUGUUUCUUCUCAGGCUAUAGGCACUGGCAUGCAGACCUCCGUCCUGAUGAUACUCCCCUAGAAGCUGGCCUUGCUUUCACAUGCAAGCUCAAAACUCACACCCCUUUCCUUGGGCGGGAAGCCAUUGAGGCUCAGAAAGCAGCUGGAAUAUUCCGCCGCCUUGUCUGCUUCACCACUGAUGAGUGAGUAGCCACUGGUAGGCAGUUGCAUGCAUCUGAUGGCAUCUAGCUCAACAUUUCGGAUCAGACUCUCAAGUUGGCCUUCAGGCCUCUCUAAUUUGCAAAAGGACAAGGACUGUCACUCAGCUAGUAGAGCACAUGGCUCUCCAGGCAGAAGUGUGGACUCCACACCAUCUCCAGGCAGGGCUGGGAAUGUCCCUUCCUGCAACCUUGAAGAGUCAGUGUUGACAAUACUGAGAUGGAUCAGCCUCCUUCAUUGCCCUCUGCAGAUGUCAAUGUCAAAACCUCUCCAGAUCUUUGCAAAACAACUGCUACUUCCUAUCUUGAAGAAGUGUGCAUGCACACAAAAGCUUAUACCCAGAAAAAACUUAGUUGGUCUCUAAGGUGCUACUGGAGAAUGUUUUAAAUUUUUAUUUAUUCAUUUCGUCUGUGUCAGACCAACAUGGGUACUUACCUGAAUCUAGAACUGCUACUUCUAUUAGGUAUCCUAUAAUUGGAAUCAAAUCUGCAACAGGCUAGUCCAUGUUAUUUCUACUCAGAGUAAACCCAUUGAAGCUGAUGCACAUUUUUAACUUAGCUCCACUGAUUUGUAAUGGAUCUACUUUAAGUAAAACCAAUUCACAGAACCACCCCCCCAAGUUUUGCUUGAUAGUUCAUAAUAUUGAGAAUCAGGUUUCCAUCUGUGAUUGGGUACAAUUGGACAAUAUUUUGAAUCAAGAUGAUGGACGGGACCUUUCAAAACUACCCUGAUUUUAACCAAAUUUUGCACAAUGGUUCCUGAACCAGUUUUUAACUAUAUUUGGAUCCAGUUGGAUGCCAUUUUGAAUCAAGAUGGCAGACCAAACCUUUCAAAACUGCCCUAAUUUUAAUCACUGAUUUAAAAAAUGCACUGACUUUUGCAUUUCUUAGAAUUCCUGGGCAACAUACUGGGUGUGACGCUGCUAGUGUUGAAGGACUGGACGUUUUUGAUGGUUCACGUUUCAUGUAGUUUAGCAAUUGCCUUUAUUUAGAAGUGGGAGCAUCAUGGGUAUUUUAAUUUCUGAACAAGUUUGAUGGCUAGUGUUCAGCACUUUUUAGCACUGACUGUUUCUGACAGCUGACAGAUCUCAUAUCCGAAGCCUUCUAAAAGGAACAGGAGAUGCCAGCAGCACUUGAAAUACCGAAGCAAAGAUUUCAAAACGUGCCCCUGAAUUGCAUCCAACCUUUUGACACAUUACUUUGUGAAAUUGGGAAAUGAUAAAGCUGGGAGAGGAUCUUGUGUUGGAUACUUGCAAAUGUUUGUUUAUUCGAUGCUCUAGUCUCUCUCCUCAGUUCCUGAAUUUGCAGAAAGGCAAGUUUCUGACAUGAUUUGCCCUCUGCCAUAAACUUGCAUCAUACCUGAUGCCUUUCUACCUAAUAGCUUUCUCUGCUCUCUCCAGAAAAGUGCCAAUGUUUGGUUUGGAGGCCAUCUUCAGGAAUGGCAAAGCUGUUGGGCACAUCCGUAGGGCCGACUUUGGACAUGCUAUCAACAAGACAAUAGCUUAUGGCUACAUCCGGGAUCCUGAUGGUGGACCGGUGAGUCUUGGAAGCAGAACAUCUCCAAGUUGCAUUGGGAUGAGUGGGCAAUUCUGUAUUUGGUGCUAGGAAUGCAAAUUAUACUUGAAAAUGCAGGCUUUCUGUUCCUGCCUUUAAAGAACCUACACAAAACAGUACAGGGAGGUUCCAUGAGUUAAUGCCAAUGUAACUGCAUCAGGUUUCUUUGGGGGGGGUAGUUGUUUGAUUAAUUGGUUAAUUAAUUAGAAUUAUUACCUGGAUUGACAUAACAAUGAAACCAUGGGUCAAGUCAGAGUGAGAACUGGGUGGUGUGCAGCCCUCUCUGAUGAAUUGGUUUGUGGCUGUUCUUGUGUUUUAUUCAUAUCUUGUUUCUUUCCUAUUUUAAAUUUCAUCAUGAGCUGGCCUGAGCUGUUGAGAGAGCUGUAGGGUAACUAGUUGAAAUACUUUUAAAAUGAAUAAUUAUGGAGGGACAGUAGCCCACAGCCCCAAAGUUCUUUAGCAGCCCCUGCCUGCCUGCCCACCUUUUCCCCAAUCCAAGAAGGAGAUACACCUGUCACUGUGGACAUGAUUUCCAGCAAUUUAAUGACUUUGCCUUCCCUAUGCCUUUAGCCUCUUCCCUUCUCCCUUUUGCUGGCAUCUAGUAAUGCAACAGAGGAGCCUUAAGCGAAAAGCGGGGGGGGGGGGGGCUUGACAUCAAAGGGAGGGAGGGAGGGGUGGUGUGUGUGUGUGUGUGUUGGGGAGGGGAGGAAUUGUUGGUGAAGCUGAAAUCUCUUGACAGUUUGUUUUGGACCAGAUGGACAAGCCACAAGGGAUGAGGGCUUUUGUGUGCACGUGCAAGAGGUUGAGAUGGGAACACUGUGCUGUCACGAAAUGAGAUGAUGAUAAGGUUUCCUUGGGUGCACUGUGACAUUCAGCUGUUCCCUGCUGUGGAUUUAGGGUCAUUGACCAAUUAUGGAGUUUUUACUUGAUACGUUGACUUUUUAUUGAUGAAGCUGUAUCGGCCUGUGUGCCUUAGAACAGGGGCUGUAUCUCACUGGGAGAACAUCUGCUUUGAAUGCAAAAGAUUUAGUCCCCAGCAUCUCCAGGUAGGGCUGGAAGAGACUCCCUUUCCGAAACCCUAGAGAGUCACUGCCAGUCAGUGUAGACAGUACUGAGCUAGAUGGACCAAAUAUCUGACUCAGUGAAAGGCAGCUUCCAAUGUAUCUGUUUAAUUCAGCCUCUGCUUUCAGAACCAUGGGACUGGAAUUUUGCUUUUUUAAAGAAAAAUGAAUUGCAGCAGCAGAGUGCAGGUUCAAUCUCCAGCAACUCCCAUCUGAAACCCCUGGAGAGCCAUUGCCAGUCAGUGCAAGCAGUACUAAGUGAGAUGGACUGACUAUAGAAGGCAGCUUUCUAUAUUCCAGAAUAGCAUUUUUGAUGCAGUGUUUUGCUGUUUGUUUACUGAACUUUCCUUUCAAGCACCUCCAGUGUUUUCUUCACAUUGCUUGCUACCCACAUAACAGUAUCCUUGAACUGAUGUGUUCAGAAGGGCACCUCACCUCCAAAAAACCUUUAGUUCAGGCACUGUGAACCCCCAAUUAAAGCAGUGGAAGGGGCCCCUAUGCUGGGAAACCGUGCUGCUGCUGCUGCUGUUGUGGCAGACAGGUGAUGUUCUGCUGAGUGGACUGAUCACCGAACGUGCCCUGCAGAAUGCAUUGCUCAUUAAGCAGAUGUUUGACAUGUGGGGUUGCUCUUUCCCACUUGGCAUGAUAAUCCCAGUCUCAUUUGCAUGUUAAUAGCAGCCGUAAGAAGAACAAGGAGGAAAAUUAAAUGAAACCCUUUUGGUGGGAACAUAUCUAAUACUUAUAUCUACAACAUGGCUUUGUCUCAUCUUCAGGUCUCCCUGGACUUUGUGAAAAGUGGUGAAUACACCUUGGAAAGGAUGGGGGUCCCUUACGCAGCCAAAGCACACACUAGGACACCCUUUGAUCCAGAGAACAAGAGAGUGAAAGGGAUCUACUGAGAUGGAUGGGCAAAGGUCUGGACUAUGACUAGACUAUAAGCUGGCUGGGGCAGGGGACAAAAUCUUCAGGGUCCUGAUAACUCAGCAAAAUUCCACAGAGCUUAGGACCCAAGAAAAACUUGAAGAGCCCUGCUGGACCAGAUCAAUGUGGAAGUGACCUCCACCAAUUAAUUGGUAGUGGCCAGUGAAAUGCCUUAAGAAGAAGCUCUGUAGCAGAUCAUGACAAUCAUGCUCCUUCCCCCCACCCCACUCUACCCCAUGCAGUGGAAACUGGUCCAUUAGGGCAAAUGGGGCUCUGCCCCACCAACCCCACUCUGCCUUCAGCUAGCUCCUAUAUGCCUUCUUUCCUACUUACAACAAGCCUGUCAGCUUCCUCCUCCUCCUCCUCCUCAGUCUCAGUGUUGCCCUUUGUAGAAGUCAGCUGGUAGGAGGAUGGGGACAACACUGGAAUUAGUUGGCCCUGCCUGUCACUGGCUCUGGCUCCACCUAUUGCUCGGGUGCCCUUCGUUCCCCACUACCAGUUUCAAUGAGGAUCAGCCUCUACUGCCCCUAUGAUUUCUCUUCAGCAUCCACUACUCCUGUCAAUCUUACCAUGAACUUCCUUUUCGGCUGAGAUGCUUAACGCCUUCUGGGACAUAUUGUUAUUUCUAUUGACAACUGGACACAAAUCGGUGCCCUGCUAUCUUGAUUUCAACACAACCAUCCAGCCCCCGUCCUGUCCAAGAAAUCAGAGUUGGGUCACUAUAUGGCUUUUAACAGUGUGGUCCUAACCUUGCCUGCUCAGAAGGCCCACUGAAUUCAGCGGCAGCUUGGGGAUGCAGCCAAAUUGAUUAACUUUGCUUACAAAUAAAAGCAGCUCUUGGGAUGAAAGUAGCAGACUUUCUUAAUGAUCUGAAGGCUUCUCACUGUCAGGUGGUGUCAAGGCUGCCUCAAGUCUUAGCUCACAAAAGACCAACGCCUACGUCUUCUUGUAUACAAAGGUGUUUAUUGCAGUUCAUAGUUGCUUGACAUCCUAGGCGCGCAGCCUUACGUCUCUUACGCUAGACCGCCGUAGUCCCCUUCUGAGUCAGUUCCUCCUCUGCACCAAUUUAAGAGACUUGCGCUGCUCCACCUCUUUCUCUCCUUCCUUUUCCGCAGGGUCCUUCUGCCCCCUGGGGUUGCGCCCCUUCUGGAUUCCUCUGACGCGGAAUCAGACUGCUCUUCCCCCCCUCCUGCGGGCUUUGGGACCUGGCCCCUCCUCCGGACUCCCUGCAUUUCCGCGCGCCUCUACAUUUGAACUAGGCGCGCGCGCCAAACCUCUAACUUUCCUUUUGACAGUUACACUACUCCCUUCACUGCUCCCCUCCCCUUCCGGGAGGGCGGCUUGCUCUGACCCCCCUCCUUUCUCUGCUGCUGGAGCUGCUUCCUCUGACACACUGGAAACUCCACCCCCUUCACUGCACUUUGGUGGGGAGGCUGGUCCUGACGCCCAGCUGCCACUUUGGGAUCCUCCGCUGGCACCCUGCUCCUGACACUUCCCCCCUGGGGCUCCCCUGGCCCUGACCACCAGCGCCCCCUUCUGGGAAUCCUCUGAUUCGCUGGAAAGACUCAUGGAAUCCCUUGAGUCAUUGUCAUCCUCUUCCUCGCUGGCUUGGAAUUCCUCCCCCUCGCUCUCCAUCUCCUGCCUACCCUGUGCCUCUCUCUCUGAACCCCUGACAUCCAUCCCCCUCGAAGCCCCCCCUCCCCCUCCCGCUGCUCGGGCGCAGGUUCCGGGAGCUUCGUUGUAGCGGGGGUAGAUGCUGGAUACAGUUCGUCGACGUCGAUCUCCUCUGCUUCCAGUUCAGUGUAGGAGUGCUCGAAACCGGGGUCCUCCCCCAACACCUCCAAACCCUUCCCUCCCCCUGUUACUUCAGGCGAAGCUGCUUGCCAAGGUCCCCUUCGCCACCCCACUUCUGGUUGAUCGUCCCACCAAUAAGAGCGGUCCGUGUCCACCCCCGAGCCCGAUCCCCUUGGAGGGCUCGAUUGCGGCGUGGUCUCCUCUGCGGAGGAGAACCCCCUGAAGGUGCUGCCUGAAAGUGUGGGGGUAAAAAGCCAGUCGUCAAAAUACUCCUCUGGCAUGGGCCUGUGUGGGAAGAGUGCAUGGAACUCGUCCUUAAGAAAAGGUUCCUCCAGAGCAUAAUCUGGCACCCAACUGUUGGCGCUAGCCGGGGUACCUUCCCUGGCGAGGAGGUAUUCCACUCCCUCCUCCCCCCAUCUCGAGUCCAGAAUUUCCGUGACCUCGUUGAGUGUCGGGGUCCUCGGUGACUUCCCCCCCCCCUGGUGACUUCCUACGCGGGUCUGGUGCCGUCCCUGGCUCCUGAAAUCUGUGUGGGGCCUUGUAGGGUGUAAGCACCGACCUAUGAAAGACCGGGUGCAUUCGGGAAUCCUCUGGGAGGGUCAACCGAAAAGCUACGGGAUUGAUCCUGCCCUCAACUUGGUAUGGCCCUAGCUGUUUGUGUCCUAGCUUCUUCUUAGCUAACGACUUGGCCGGCACCGCCUGGGCUGCUAACCAUACCCAGUCCCCCACCUGGAUGUCUUCUCCUGCCCUCCUGUGCCUGUCUGCCUGCACUUUGUAGGCGUGUUUAGCUAGUUCCAAGUGCCGUCGUAGCUCCUCGUGGACCUCCUGCAAUUCUGCUGCUAAAUGUUCCGCUCCCUGCGACUCCCCCUGCGUCGUCGUCUCCAACGCCGGGAAUGUUCUGGGGUGUCGCCCAUUGUUGGCGAAGAACGGUGUCACCCCCGUUGACGCGUGCUUCGUGUUGUUGUAGGCAAACUCGGCCAUCGGUAAGUAGUCCACCCAAGUUGCAGGCUUCUGAUUGGCGUAACAUCGCAGGUACUGCUGCAUGAUGGCGUUGACCCUCUCCGCUUGGCCGUUGGUUUGCGGGUGUCUCGCCGACGCUAAGUUGAUCUUGACAUUCAGGAUGCCCAGGAGCUUCUGCCAGAAACUGGAAAUGAAUUGGCGACCCCGGUCGGACAAAAUGGACCGUGGUAAGCCGUGCACCCGGAACACGUGGUCUAUGAAUAGCCUGGCGGUCUGCUCCGCUGUUGCCACCUUCGCGCAAGGAAUGAAAUGCGCCAUCUUGGUGAACAGAUCUACAACCACAAGCACCGCCGUCUUGCCCCUUGAACUGGGCAGAUCAGUGACAAAGUCCAGCGCCACCCUUUCCCACGGCUGCAGUGGCGUCUCCAGCGGUUCCAGCAAUCCCGCUGGCUUCUUGUGCACUGGCUUGGACCUCUGACAAGUGUCACAUCUGGCGACGUAAUCCGCGACUUCUCCCCGCAUCUGGGGCCACCAAAAGUCCCUGGCUACUAAGUCCGCCGUCUUCUCCUUGCCGAAGUGACCCGCGCUGGGGGCGUCGUGUAACUGCUGUAAAACCUUCGCUCGGAGAUCGUCUCCCGGGACAUAGAGAGCACCUUUGCGGGUCAGCAGGCCGUCGCGUAUCUGGAAUUCGCCGUCCUUUGCUGUCCCUCUUCGCACCUCCUCCAUCUUGGAUUGUGCAAUCGGGUCCGUCUGUAGCGCGCGUCGUACCGCGUCCAGGUCCACGGCGGCAGAAGCGCACGCCCACGCUUGCGGUGCAAAAAUGUGCCUGGCUGCCACUGGUGCCGCUUCCUCAAGAUACUGCGGUUUCCUGGAGAGCGCAUCCGCUAUGAUGUUGUUGUCUCCCGGGAUAUACUCUAUCCGGAAAUCGAAAUCCGCAAAGAACUCCGCCCAUCUCAUGUGCCUCUGGCUCUGGAGCUUCGCCGUGCGCCAAUACUCCAGGUUCUUGUGGUCCGUGCGGACCUGCACGGUGUGCUUGGCUCCGAUGAGGAAGUGCCGCCACGCCUUGAAAGCCGCGUGGAUGGCCUUCUAGUCCCUGUCCCAGAUGUUGUUGUUCUGUUCCGACUUGCUGAGCUUCCGUGCGUAGAACGCGCAGGGCCUCCAGGUCCCUGGCGAAUCUUCCUGCAAGAGGACGGCCCCCCCUGCUCUGUCAGAUGCGUCAGUCUCAACCCGCAUGGGCCUGCCAGGAUUCACGUGUAGCAGCUGGUCUUCGGACGCGAAGAGACUCUUAAGUCUCCUGAAGGACUGCUCCGCCUGGUCCGUCCAGGUGAACUUUUUCUUCUUGGAACUGAGGGUGUCCGUGAUAGCUGCCGUCUCUUUCGCGAAACCCCUGAUGAACUUGCGGUAAAAGUUGGCGAAGCCGACGAACCUCUGGACCUCCUUCCGAUUGCGUGGGCUAUUCCAGUCCAACACCGCGCGGACCUUGGCGCUGUCCAUGGCUAGUCCCUUGUCGGACAGCCGGUAGCCCAGGAAAUCCACCUCCGUCACGUCGAACUGGCACUUCUCCAGCUUGGCGUAGAGUCUGUGCUCCCGUAGCCUCUGCAGGACCUCCUUUACGUCUCUUUCGUGAGUCUCCUGCGAUUCCGAGAAGAUCAGAAUAUCGUCGAGAAAGCAUACGCACUUCUUGUAGAGGAGUCCUGCUAGCACGUGGUGCAUGAAUGCUUGAAAACAGUGGGAGCCAUUUUGGAGACCAAACGGCAUAACUCUGUAUUCAUAGGUGCCCAGCGGCGUGAACAUGGCCGUCUUCCACUCGUCACCUUCCCUCAUGCGUAUGAGAUUGUAGGCUCCGCGUAGAUCCAACUUGGUGAAGAUCCUCCCCUUCCUCACCGUCGCGAGCAGGUCGUCAAUCUUGGGCAUGGGGAAAGCCUUGGGUUUUGUCAUCGAGUUUAUGGCCCUAUAGUCCACAAUGAGUCGUUUUGGGGCGUGUCCUUCUUCUUCACAAAAAACACAGGACUGCCCCCACUGCCUUGGAUUCUCGGAUGAAUCCCGCUUCAAAUUGUGAUCUAUGAACUCCCUGAGCUCCUGCAUCUCAUCUUCAGACAUGGAAUACAGCUUCGCAGUCGGCAGCGUUGCCCCUGGUAAGAGGUCAAUUGCACAGUCGUAGGGCCUGUGGGGUGGUAAUUGGUCAGCUUCCUUCUCGCAGAAGACCUCCAAAAAUCCCUUGUACUUGUGGGGCACUGCCUGCACCAUGCCUAGAUGCAGCUGUUGCCCUUCCUCCCGGCCCUCCUCGUCCUCACCAAUCUGGAUGCAAUGUUGUGCACAGUAGGACGAGCCAAAGGUGAGCUGCCGCUGGUACCACGCCAAGGAUGGGCUGUGUCUAUCCAGCCAACUCAUGCCUAGCACUAUGGGCGUGUCUGACAGUUGGGUGACAUUGAAACUGAUGACCUCGCGAUGAUUCCCAAUUUUCAGCAGCAUGGCUGGCGUCUGUUGUACCACUUGCCCACCCAGCAACUUCCUGCCAUCUACAGUGACCACAUUCAGAGGCAGCGUGGCUGGUAGUAGCGCUAUGCGAUGCUGCUUGACGAACUGCACCCCCACGAAGUCUGCGUUGCUCCCUGAGUCAAUCGUAAUGGGGACUUCCAGGGUGAGUCCAUUAGGCAGCUGGAGAGUAGCAGUGAGCUGCACCACUGGCUUAGGUGGUAAGGGGUCUGUAGGCUGCAAAAGCGCUGGGGACUGCUUCAUUGACUUGCCUGGCGGAGCCCCAGCGUCUCUCCCUCCAACCAGGCAUUCUCGUUUCCCUGAAACUGCUCCCCUUGGAAAGCUUCCCCUGUUACUGUUGCUAAGGCUGCAGUGUGCUUCUGGAGCCUCUGGGGACACUCUUUAGCCAUGUGCCGUGCACUGUCACAGAUGUAACACUUCCUGGUCCCUCUAGGAGGCUUCGCUUUGACUGCUCCUGACGCUGAGGCUCCGGCAGCUGUCUGAGCCUUUGCACCACCCAGUUCCAUCUGUUCUUCCCCCGCUGCCAGGACAGGCGAAAGGCUUGACCGUUCCAAGUCCCUGGAAGGAAAAGGAGGCGCUCUAGCUGGUGGGCGGACGUGACGCCCCUCCUCCCUGUGCCAAGGGCGGUCUUCUUGGCGCACCCCUAUCGUGAGUGCCCUCUGCACGACGUCUGCUAGGGUUUGAGGUCUGUCUCCCCUAGCCAGCUCAUCUUUCACUGAGCCAUGCAGCCCUUCCCAAAACAAGUCCCUCACUGCCAAGGAGUCCUUUUCCCAGCCCAGCACAUUCAGCAAUGCAAAAAAGCGAGAAUGGUACUGACGCACUGUAGCCUUGCCCUGCCGCAAUCCAUGCAUCUCCUGACGUGCCACAUCAACGUCAACAGUAGAUUGGAAGCAAGCGUCCAUGGCUUUGAGAAAUUCAUCAGAGUCCCUGCGUGCAAGACCAUCUUCGCGCCAUAAAUUGCGUAACCAAUUCCUUGCUUCCCCAUGCAGGUGCGACACAAUGAACCCCACUUUUUCCUCCUCAUCCUUGAAGUCCUUUCGAAGUAAAUGCAGUGCAUAUACGACGUCUGCUCUGAAAUUGGGAUAAUGCUUCAGGUUCCCAUCGAAGUGGGCUACUAAAUUGCCCCCCCUUCGUCCCAGUCCGAUUCCCUCUGAUCUGGACCCCGGGAACCCCUCUCUGCACGCCCGAUCCCACCUGGCUUGCAGAUCCUGGCAUCGCGCUUCUGCUUCUGCAACUGUCUUCUGAGAAACCACGACGGCAGUGGAGAGCUCGGUGACUGCGUUUUGCAGGGACGCUAUCUGCUCCUCAGUAGUCAUUGCUGCCAAACUUCGUGAGCUGUGCAAAAAAAAGUUUUUGCGGUUUUUGUUCUGAGAGGGGACUUACUGUCAAGGCUGCCUCAAGUCUUAGCUCACAAAGACCAACGCCUACGUCUUCUUGUAUACAAAGGUGUUUAUUGCAGUUCAUGGUUGCUUGACAUCCUAGGCGCGCAGCCUUACGUCUCUUACGCUAGACCGCCGAAGUCCCCUUCUGAGUCAGUUCCUCCUCUGCACCAAUUUAAGAGACUUGCGCUGCUCCACCUCUUUCUCUCCUUCCUUUUCCGCAGGGUCCUUCUGCCCCCUGGGGUUGCGCCCCUUCUGGAUUCCUCUGACGCGGAAUCAGACUGCUCUUCCCCCCCUCCUGCGGGCUUUGGGACCUGGCCCCUCCUCCGGACUCCCUGCAUUUCCGCGCGCCUCUACAUUUGAACUAGGCGCGCGCGCCAAACCUCUAACUUUCCUUUUGACAGUUACACUACUCCCUUCACUGCUCCCCUCCCCUUCCGGGAGGGCGGCUUGCUCUGACCCCCCCUCCUGUCUCUGCUGCUGGAGCUGCUUCCUCUGACACACUGGAAACUCCACCCCCCUUCCCACCCCACUGGUGCGGAGGCUGGUCCUGACGCCCAGCUGCCACUUUGGGAUCCUCCGCUGGCACCCUGCUCCUGACACUUCCCCCCUGGGGCUCCCCUGGCCCUGACCACCGGCGCCCCCUUCUGGGAAUCCUCUGAUUCGCUGGAAAGACUCAUGGAAUCCCUUGAGUCAUUGUCAUCCUCUUCCUCGCUGGCUUGGAAUUCCUCCCCCUCGCUCUCCAUCUCCUGCCUACCCUGUGCCUCUCUCUCUGAACCCCUGACAGGUGGCAUCUUAGAAGAGGCAGGUGGAAGGCCCUGUCUAGAAGCUAGAGAUAAAUACGCUUUAGGAGCCAGUGUGGCGAAGUGGUUAUAGAGUCUUGGACUAGGACCCAGGAGGCCAGGGUUCAAAUCCCUACUUAAGGGUGAAAGCUGGUGGGGGAGCUUGGGUCAAGUGCUCUCUCUUGGCAAAUCCAACUCACAGGGUAAUUAUGAUGAGAAAAUGGAGAGAAGGAGGAGAAGAAGAACCCUGCAUAUAAUUAUGUUUAGAAUCAUAGAAUCAUAGAGUUGGAAGAGACCACAAGGGCCAUCGAGUCCAACCCCCUGCCAAGCAGGAAACACCAUCAGAGCACUCCUGACAUAUGGUUGUCAAGCCUCUGCUUAAAGACCUCCAAAGACGGAGACUCCACCACACUCCUUGGCAGCAAAUUCCACUGUCGAACAGCUCUUACUGUCAGGAAGUUCUUCCUAAUGUUUAGGUGGAAUCUUCUUUCUUGUCGUUUGGAUCCAUUGCUCCGUGUCCGCUUCUCUGGAGCAGCAGAAAACAACCUUUCUCCCUCCUCUAUAUGACAUCCUUUUAUAUAUUUGAAUAUGGCUAUCAUAUCACCCCUUAACCACCUCUUCUCCAGGCUAAACAUGCCCAGCUCCCUUAGCCGUUCCUCAUAAGGCAUCGUUUCCAAGCCUUUGACCAUUUUGGUUGCCCUCCUCUGGACACGUUCCAGUUUGUCAGUGUCCUUCUUGAACUGUGGUGCCCAGAACUGGACACAGUACUCCAGGUGAGGUCUGACCAGAGCAGAAUACAGUGGCACUAUUACUUCCCUUGAUCUAGAUGCUAUACUCCUAUUGAUGCAGCCCAGAAUUGCAUUGGCUUUUUUAGCUGCCGUGUCACACUGUUGGCUCAUGUCAAGUUUGUGGUCAACCAAGACUCCUAGAUUCUUUUCACAUGUACUGCUCUCAAGCCAGGUGUCACCUAUCUUGUAUUUGUGCCUCUCAUUUUUUUUUGCCCAAGUGCAAUACUUUACAUUUCUCCCUGUUAAAAUUCAUCUUGUUUGUUUUGGCCCAGUUCUCCAAUCUGUCAAGGUCAUUUUGAAGUGUGAUCCUGUCUUCUGGGGUGUUAGCCACCCCUCCCAGUUUGGUGUCAUCUGCAAAUUUGAUCAGGAUGCCCUUGAGUCCAUCAUCCAAGUCGUUGAUAAAGAUGUUGAAUAAGACCGGGCCCAAGACAGAACCCUGUGGCACCCCACUAGUCACUCUUCUCCAGGAUGAAGAGGAACCAUUGAUGAGCACCCUUUGGGUUCGGUCAGUCAGCCAGUUACAAAUCCACUGAGUGGUAGCAUAGUCAAGACCACACUUUACCAGCUUCUUUACAGGAAUAUCAUGGGGCACCUUGUCAAAUGCUUUGCUGAAAUCAAGGUAGGCUACAUCCACUGCGUUCCCUUCAUCUACCAGGCUUGUAAUUCUGUCAAAAAAUGAGAUCAGGUUAGUCUGACAUGACUUAUUUUUCAGAAAUCCAUGCUGACUAUUGGUGAUCACAGCAUUCCUUUCUAGGUGCUCACAGACUGUUUGCUUAAUGAUCUGCUCCAGAAUCUUCCCUGGUAUUGAUGUCAGACUGACUGGGCGGUAAUUAUUUGGGUCCUCUCUUUUCCCCUUUUUGAAAAUAGGGACAACAUUUGCCCUCCUCCAGUCUGCCGGGACUUCGCCUGUUCUCCAGGAAUUCUCAAAGAUGACUGCCAGUGGUUCUGAGAUCACAUCUGCCAGUUCUUUUAAUACUCUUGGAUGCAGUUCAUCUGGCCCUGGAGACUUGAAUACAUCUAAACUAGCCAAGUAUUCUUGUACUAUCUCCUUAGUUAUUCUGGGCUGUGUUUCCUCUGCUGAAUCAUUUGCUCCAAAUUCUUCAGGUCGGGCAUUGUUUUCUUUAUCGGAGAAGACUGAGGCAAAGAAGGCAUUGAGGAGUUCAGCCCUUUCUGUGUCCCCUGUUUGCAUUUCACCAUCUUCUCCUCUGAGUGACCCCACUGUUUCUUUGUUCUUCCUUUUGCUACGAACAUACCCAUAAAAGCCUUUUUUGUUGCUUUUAACCUCUCUAGCAAGCCUGAGUUCAUUCUGUGCUUUAGCUUUUCUGACUAUGUGUCUACACGUGCUUUAAUUUUAUUGAAUAUUGAAAUGAAAGUUGGGAAAGCUAAUGUAUUUGGAGCAGCAAUGGAGGGAGGGAAAAAGAAGGAACAUGGGGGAAGUCAGCUUUUAAAUUUCUAUUAAUUUGGUGACAAUUUGUUGAAAUUAAUGGAAAAUCAAUAAAAAUAAUUGGCAAAAAGAAGAAGAACCUUGCAGGAUAAGGCCAAAGGCCCAUCUAGUCCAGCAUCUUGUUCUUGCAGUGUCCAACCAGAUGCCCAUUAUGGGAAGCCCACAAGCAGGGCCACUGAACUAAAAAUAUAAGAGAAGCCCUCCUGGAUCAGGCCAACAGUCCAUCUACUCCAACUUCCUGUUCUCAGAGAGUGGCCAACCGGAUGCCCCAGUGGGAAUGAGCACAAGACCUUUCUCUCCUGUGGUUUCCAGAAACCGAUAUUCAGAAGGAAUAAGGCAAGCAGGGCUCUCAAGCAAACCAUAGAGUUAGAAAUGACAAGCCAACUAUAACACCACUUUUGCAGAUGCAGUCUCCUGGUCUUCAAAUACACAAAUAAACAAUGAUGAUUAAUA